AUCAAUUGCUGUGCUUCGAACUCGCGUCUGUUCCCGCAAUCUUCUGCAACAAAGUAGGAUAUUUACCCUAGAGAAACUAUUGUAAACACAUUUGGGUGGCUGCAGAAAACUGUGGAUAUUUUGUGAACAACAUUUGCGAUCCUUUCCUCUAGGUAAAUUGUUUUUUAUAAAUUAUUAUGAUUAAACUGUUGCAUUUGUUGAUUUACAACCUGAUGCCGUUGGGUGAUGGGAUAAAUGUCCUUCAAAAUGGCGGUGUGUGCUGGAUUAUUCAUUUUUAUUUCUCAAUGAAUACAUUAUUUCCAAGUUGAAUUAUACCAUUUGUCAAAUUAAGCUUUAUAAUUUUUUGUAUUAACUUCCAUAACAAAAAGCUUAAUCAUUAUGGCAUUGUUAGAAAUCGUAGUUUAGCCAACACACCUCGCCGGUAUCCCACAGAUAUAAUUUGAAGUGAGGUAAGCGUCCAUAGAUUCUUACAGUACCGCUUCCGUAUUCGAAGUUGCAGCUCACAAACUCGGAUUACACACACUUGCCUAGUCGGAUAAUAUUUUGGAGCCGUUUCUUUCGUUGUAAAGUCAGUAGACGUAGUUCAUUUUUGCUUGAUAUCUUAGUAUUUUAUGGCUAUGAUUAUGAAUAAUUCGCAGGCAGUCAUAAUAAUAUAUUAUUAAUAAUUUAAAUAAUAGUUUUGAUUUAGUUUAGCGGCUGAGCUUAGUAUUUGUAGUUUAGCAGAAGUAUGUUAGUAUGUUAAUAAGCCUACAAAAUGAACAUCAGCUAGGUUAGUUAGAGUUAGAAGGAGCUGGUUGGUUACAAACUGUGUAGUACAUAGUGGGUAACUUACAAUAUAGUGGGCCCUAUCAGUAGUGAGUAGUGUUGUUGAUUAGUGGUGUGUUACUAUGUGGGUUGGCUUUGUAAAAUAUAUCAAAACAUACACAUUAGUCAUCAGACUUAGAGAUAAGUUGACUGGUAUGAGUAUGAGAGUUUUAUCAGGUCAGAUCAGCCUAAACUUAGAUUAACUUACUUAAAGACUUAAGUUAAACUCUGAAUUUAAGAUUUGUUUUAGGUCUAUUUUAAUAUUUGAACUUGUAUGCCCAGUGUUAAGAGUUUACAAAGUUCAUAUUUAUUAUAAUUAAUACAGACAUUAGCUUUUUACUUGUAAUUAGUAUGAAGUGGCUAAUUUAGUUAUCAUUGUAUCUGCAUAUAAUCAAUCAUGUUAAUAUUAUUAUUGAAGAUUGAUUGAAGGCUGAGGACUUUCAAUAAUUUAUUUAUCUCUGUCUGUUUACACAUGAUUUUCACACAUUAGAUCAGGUUGCAGUAGUCAAUAAACUUGUAGCAAUAAAUGCAUAGCUCUUAAAUGUACAAGGAACAAGUGGAUGGCCCAUUUCCUCAAGUGUCAAGUGUGUUGAAAUUUGUUUAAUUCAUUUAAUCUAGUUUUAUGAGUAUGCCUCAUCCUGUCUUCUGUGGUGACAGUAUAUCUUCAACACUUUAUCUUUAACAAUAUGAUCACUGCACCUUUGUUAAAAGAUAUUAAAUUGGCUACAGGAAAAAAUAUUCAGCCCAAAAGGAACAUAUUAACAAUAAUUAUAUUAUUGCAUUUUUAAAAAAAAACAAAGAUCUAUGCAGAAAUAGAAGACAGACAUCAUCAUUUCUUUAAAAUCCAAAGCAAAGAAAGCUUAAUUUUUAAAAAAUAUUUUUUAUUUAAUGCUAAUUUGCAAAAGUAAUAACCUGUAACAUCAAUACCUUAAAUGUGUACAGGCUAAAUUUAAAAUUAUAGUUUGAUUUAAGAAAUAAUUGUUCUAAAUUGUCAGCAGAUUGAAAGAUGUUACUUUCUUUUAGCAUUAGUAAUUCAGACCAACUGGAAUAAUCAUGUUAGGGGGACAGGGUGACUUAAUUUUUUUUAAAAAUUUCAAGUGAUGUCAAUUAAUAUGAAGCUAUCAUUUUACUGUCAGAUAUAUAUAUAUAUAUAUAUAUAAGUUCUAGACUAACUCUAAUAAUUGAAAUAUUUUCUUUAUCUAAUAAUAUUGACAAUUUGGAAUAAAUCAGCUUUUGAUGCAGGCAAAAAAAUCAUUGAAGAGACAUUUUUUCUUAAAAUUGAGCUUAUGACAGACCGCUUUGAGCAUGCUAAAAUAGCAUGGACACAAGCGCUUUAAAAGUAAUCUAUCAUCAUCUUAUAGGUGAACAAAUUAAUUAGGUUAUAUUUAUACAUAAAUGAUCUGAACUAUGUAUAUGGAAAUUUUAAUUGGUUGUAAAUAAUAAGUGACCAGCAGAAUUGUAUUUUUAAAUUGCUAUUAAACAUGUACAUCUUAAGUAAGGAAUAAACCUGUUCUCAGGGAUCGUGGUGGAGUGAGUGAGGGUGUAAGACAAAUCUCACCAUGACAGAGAUAGAAUCACUAGUGAACAAUGUGAGGUGGGACCCUGGAGUAGUAGACGAUGAUUUUGAUGCAGGCAAUAAUUCUUCAAAACUCUUUGAGCGUUCCAGGAUUAAGGCCCUUGCUGGUAAGUCUUUUAUUUAUAGCAACGUAAUCUUUGAUUGAAUACAUUUUGACACCCUUGUUACAUCUGCAUAUGUGCCAAACAUUGCAGUUCGGCCAUUCAACUAGUUACUAAAAAUGUGUUUAAAUGAUGGCAGUUUAAUUUCCUCGAUUAUUUUUUUACCCCAACAUGACCCUCUUUUGCUCUAUCCCACCUCAUGUUCUUGAUUCUCACUACACUAGAUUACUCCCUGUAGUUCCUGGGACAUAAUUUCCCUUGCUCUAUUUUUACCUGUCUCAUAUGCUGGGGGCAAGUGAGCUCCUGCCUGCUGCAAAUUUUUGCUGGAAUGUGACAGAGUCUGCUAGAACCUUGGCUUGGCGGAUCUCCCUUCUGUUAGCAGUAAGCCAGGUUUAUGGUGUUAAAUUCGCCAUUCCUGGAGUGGUCAGAUGUCAUAGUAAAUUAAAUUUUUAAUACCCACAUAUUUUUAGAAGAGAAAAAAGCUCUUUCAAAGUAAGGGAAACCUGUUAGACUUCUGUAAGUGAACAAUGGUUACAGCUUGGGACUGCUUUAUGAGCACAGAGAAAUGUUGGCACAUAUUUUAAUUUGCUCCUUCUUCUUCUUCUUCUCUUUGUCUCUCUUUCUCCCCCCCCCCACCUAAUCAAUUUGCUUUAGUGACAGGGAGUUUAUUUUAAAUUUUUGACUUCAUAUCAUUAACAAUUCUUAGAACAUUCCAAUGGUUGCUUGAAUGAUAUUUAACAAUUAUAGCUAGAUGUUUAAGAUAUGUUUGAUACUAUGAAACGUUGCCUGUGUGUGUUCAAGGUGAAGGUUGUGGACUGGGGUAACAAACAUCUCUAUAUACAAAAAAUGUAAACACUUGGUGACUGGUUGAUAUCCCAUAUCACGAUAGAGUACCCUGAGAUGUACCGUGACGUUCUCAUGUUGCCUAGGGAAUGUUUUAUCUUCACCAUUGGUAGUGCAAGGCAGAACUUGCUGGUAAUGUGAUAAACACAAUAUGUCUUCCCCUCAUUACCGUAUCCCUCAUGAUUGUUGGCAAUUAGAAAGAAAUUUCACAGAAAUAGUGUUAAGUUUAACAGAAAGUAAGAAGUGGAAGGUCUUAGUGUUAUUGCUAUACUACAAUUGUUUGCUAAAAUUAGACCAAAGGGCAACAAUUAAUUUUUAAAGAAUCAGUUCUGCCAACCUAAGCGUACUAUUGUGCCAGAAGGCUUAGACUGUGAAGCUGUCAGUAAUACUCAUAGACGCAUCAAAUAUAACUAAUGAUCACAGUAAUAAGGGAAUUCCUUGGGGGUGGGGGGAUGGCCAGGGUUUGAAGGCACGUGUGUGCGUGUCUAUUAAUAGUAUCAAGCUCUCCAACCACCACGACUAGGAUUGUUUAGCAGUAACCGACUUAGGGGAAACUACGUGUCGGAGUGAGUCAUUCGGCUUGAAAUCGAUUUUGCUUCCACCCGUUUCCCUGCCCGACCUAAUUUCUCGCUCCACACGGUGGUUGGAGGCAAUGGCAUCAGUUGUUGCUGCUCUUCCAGGCUGAGGGGCGUCUGGCACCGGGUCAACUGUUUUGCUACAUCGCCGCUGGAGGGGUAUUGUUGGCUCUAAUAAUUGGGAUAUGAAGUAAUGGAUAUGGAAGUGACCAUGAAAAUUUAGAUAUUACCGUCGUUUAUAAUUGAUGGGGGAAAAAAGAGAGGGGGUGGGGGUAUGUUUAUACAUUGUUAAGGUAGAUAACGUUCCUUGUAUUAUCUCAGUACUGUUAUUCAUUUAAUACAGGCAGAAUAAACAUUUAGUGUCAAGAUAAAAAAAAGCCCUCUGCGGCUCUCACGAUUCCGAUCAAUAUAUUCAGCGACAUAUUUGUAUUUUGUGAGUCAGAGUAUGAUGAAUCUCUGACGGGGCAUUCGCCGUGGCUCUGCUCACAGCUGUUAUUUCAUCACGAAUACCAUCGUUCAAUGGCGCAGCAGAGAUUAAUCGGUUUUCCCUCUUAGUUUAUCACCUUUAUUCGUCUCGUUUUAAAGGAAAAAAAAAAAAAGAUUGUCCGUGACUUUUAUUGAUGAAGUAUUUUCAAAUGGGUUGUAGAAUUUUUAACAUUUUUUGUUUGAACCUUGAGCUCACUCUGCACACGUUAAUAAAUUGUCUCUACACAUUGUCCAUCCCCUGUUUACAAUAAUUAUAUGCUGCUUAUGUAUUCUUUUCUAGAAAAUAAUGUGUUAUACUGACCUGUUUACUCUUACGAUUUUGGCGUACAAUGUAACGAUUCAGAGGCGUAUAGUUAAAUAUACUGUAUUUUUAUUUGUUUACUAUUAAGAUAAUGUAUUCAACGAUUUUGUGAUAUUGUACGAUUUUAAGAGUUUGAGGGUAAACAGGUCUGACUUAUAUAGCCGUGGACUAUAUUAUCUUUCUUCUCAAGCGGACAUUUUGCCUCUAUCCUAUGCCCGUUCGACUGAAGCCACAAUAUCUCAGGGGGAAUUUGUCCCAUUUCACCCUCCAGCCCACCCCUUCUUUCUGGCCAUCGAUCUAGUCUAGCUAUUGAUCACCAAUGUUAUACAUAGCCAUAAAGCCUCUCUCCCUGUAACGCCAGCUGCCCUGGUGUGUCUGUGGUGUGUGGCCUCAUUCUCACACCAAGUUAGUGGUAGCUGGUCGCUGGCCAUCCAAUCGGUGCUGUUGGACGGUUAUGGGUCUGAGUUAGACAGGUCAACAGUAACAAAACUAGAUUGUUUUCUGUGUAUCACAAUGAUUGAUUGGCUGUUUUAUACUAACACUUCUUUGCUCCUUCGCUACACCCCCCCCCCUUUUUUUUUUCUUUGAUACCAACACAGUGCUGGUGUUUUGAUCCCCCCAGAACUACUGUCCUAAAUUAGGGAGCUGUCUCAUGUGCCUUUUAAAUAGCACAACAAAAUUUUCCCUAUUUUCAGUAGUGUCAAAAUUUUUGUUACAUUUAAUGUUGUCUUGCAUUUUUUUUUGCCACCGUACUCCUUUUCUUGCACAAACCCAAUAAAUUGAGCAUUUUUUUAAUUUCGAUAUAUCGAAUUUUGUUAUGAUUAUGGUAAUCUGCCAUUUCAGCGUUGGCUUUUCAAAAAUCGUGUUUUUCGGGAUUAUAGGGCUGUGUUAUUCCAUUACUAAUCCAAAUAAUUGAAAUUUUUUGUAAUAACAUUGUACAUAUUCAUUCCAGCACAGACAAUAUUUAUGAACUAGAACAAUUAAAUGUAUAAAAAUAAUAAUAUAAUAUGUAAGCAAAAGAGUUUUAGUUUAUCAUUGUCUCCUAACUCCCCCCCCCCCUUUUUUUUCCCCCCACUCCUAUAUGUUAACAAUAAGAAGUUAUAAGAGCCCGGCUGGUGACAAGCUGUCUUUCCAGGUUGCGUCAUCCACAUAUUUUCUACAUUCUGUGUGUUGACACCAGUGACCGUGUCAUCUGGAUCAACGAGGUUUUGUUGAUGGACCACAACAGAGAGUUCGUUGAUUCCGUGUAUGGUCUGAGUUAUGUUUGCAUAAGCCGCCCAUCCGUCUGUAACAAUGUGUGAACCUGGUAGAAUAUAUAUCUCUGUGCACUCUUAUAAACUGAUCCCACAUCGGUCUAGCACUUCAAUGAGAAGACAGCGCCCACCUUCUCUUUCAGUGCCAGUGAAAACCCAGUGCCCCUCUGUCCACUGUCCUCGGUGGUAUUUCCGGUCAAAUGGAUCCCCAGACCCGAAAAACACGAUGUUUGAAUGGCCGGCGCUGACGUAGUAAAUUAACGUUUUCGAAAAUACGGCUCAAUUAUUUAUUUUCUUUUUUCAUUCAACGAUAAGUCUUAGCGGGAUUUGCUAUGCGUCGGUCCCAUGGCUCUUAUCGUGUAACACGUCAACAUGGGCUAUGGGGGUUCUUGGACACACCUCCACCUCAAUGACUCUCUGAAUUGUUCUAGCUAAUGCUAUACAUGAGAUAUUUGCCUUGGUUUAAUCCACGAGACAAUACUGUGUUGUGCCCCCCCCCCCCCCCCCCCCCCCCGAUUUCCACGCACUUGUCAUCGGCAGUUAUAUGUCUAAAUAUUCAAACACAUGCCGUACACAUUGUGUGGUCUGAUAGAAAGUGUCACCUUGGACGGGGCCGACAUUAAUUCACAGUUAGCAUGGCCCGUCACAUCUUGUCUAUGUCUCGGUGGGUCCAAAACUGAGGUGCGCGUGGCCCUGAUUAGAUAAAUAAACCAGGGGACAAGUAAUAUGAGAGUGGCAAAUUCCUUUUGUAAUUUACUCUUGGUGAGCUUGUAGUCACAUAGCUAUGGAACUAUGACUACUCUGCUCGACGGUACUUGCUAAACGAUCGAUUGGCAUCAAUGGUAGUAUUAUUUCGAAUGUUGCACUCGAUUUUCUCCAUCAUUGCAUUGUCGUCAUUGAGUUAUAUUUCAUUUAUGGAUUCUUACUCAUGACCCCAUUCCACGCACCAUUUCCAUUACAUCGCUUUAGUAUCGUAAUUAGAGCACUUACGUCGCUCACAUAACAUCCUAGUGAUGAAGGAAACACUGCUUGCCUCUGUUUAAGCCACAACCCCUCCCCCCCCCCCCCCACCCUCUUCGCGAGAUCAACUAAUGACACAUUUAGCUGUAUCGACAGAAUGCAAUGUCUAUUGUGUUAAAGAUGUGUACAAAUAGUAUACGCGUGUGCUGCGAUAUCGUAAGCCCCUUCUUGUUCAAACAUGCAUACGGCGGCGGCGAUGUCAUAGGUCCCAUUCGAUAGUGAACGUUUGUUUGGAUUAAAUCAAAGCACCUAGUAAUAAGUAUUCUACUUUAAAAAAAAAAAAUCAUGUCUCUACUUCAUUUCAAAGAAGUUAGACUUAAAGGUUUAUCCAGAAGCGUCUUGUCAUCAUCCAUCUAUGUCUUCAAUAACGGAUAGACGCAAACGAAACCAGGUAGUGGAUGUCCUUAACCUUCAUCUGGUUAGUUAUUUCUUGUAACAAUCCCUGUCUUGAACAUUGUCCUCUUGGCAAUGUCAGCAUGUGACUUGACCUAUCUUCUCCCCCCACUUGUCCAGAAAUAUCCACUACCGUACUACCACACUGUGUCAAUGGCGGAAAUAAACCACACUCGCCGUCAGACUGGUUCCGCUGGUUUAAUUGAGGAAACGAACAAUUAUCGGACUCUUGGCACUUGGGCUCGAAAGCCAUACAUUCUGUCCUAACUCAGGGGGCGCUUUAGGGCAGAGUUUUUGUUGACAAUGGAUUAUUAUUUUAACUUAUACAACAUUUAAAAAAAAAUUAACAUGUUUUAUGACAAUGAAUUGAAAAGGUAGAGCCGAAUAAUAUAUGCAUAUAUAUUUAUAAAAGUAGAAUAUAUAUGUAUUUUACUCUGUUACGAUCUGGUAAUCAAUUUUUAAAUUUUAAACUUCACAUUGGAAUUGUGACCACGUUUUUAGUUUACUAGUGCAGUAAUUGUUUGUAAGGGGUGGGUGAGGGUUGCGUAUUAUACAUUUCAGUAGCGUCCCGUGUCACCCACAAUAGCCUAUGGUUGAACUGUCUUAGUACUUGACUCAACGGUUGGUUCAUUGACGUGAGUACCGGUACAUAAUGAAGGGAGUAUAGGCCCGUAAGGCUUACUUGAGUAGCUACAAACUGUUCCUUUCUCAAUAUUGAAAUCAUAUAGUAUUGUCACCAAACAUAGACUCACACAAAUUCAAGAAGAUAUAUUUUAUCACUUGAGUCAAAAAAUGUAUUAUAUUUGACCCAGACAGACAAGAAAGCAACUUGAAUAAAAGUAAUACAAAUCACCAAUAGGAAACUGAUUGUGCCACUUAUUGACCAUGCAAGCCCUUAUAUUAAAUACACACGUUACUGUAGAUCUACAGAAUAUUAAAUGUCUAAAGAAGAACGUUAAUGUGUAUGAAAAUAAAAUCACCCGAAAGUUUGACUCUGGUGAGAAAAGUAGGUAGAUAAUUAUAUGUGGAAUUUCGUGAGCAAGAAAGAGACUGACUUCUAGUGUCAAUAUUGCCAUAAUUAAACACACACACACACACAAUUUGAUGCACAAGAAAUUGAAAGUCAACAUGGGAAUUAUUGCAUAAGCAGUGGGUACCUGGCUCAAAUGGUGAAAUGUUUCAACAUAAAGCUGGGUGCUGGCAAAUGACCAAAUAACUACUAGAAUGUCUGUGUGAUUCCUAAUAAAUUACAUCAUUAAAAAGAUGGGGAGUCUGUAAUGCAGUAUUCCUUGUAGCAGGGAUGGUAUAAAACGGAUAUUGAUGGAAUGGAUCGUAUGACAGUAUACUCAGGGCGGGAGUCACCAUAAAAAAAUGAUGCGGUAACUUACCGUUAGUUUUGGUCCAGCAUGGUAAAUCGCCGUCUACAAUAGACGUCCAUUCAGAGUGGUCGACCACAAGCUAAAGAUGAACACUGACUACAGUGGCAAGACUCUUCCUACAGCACACGUGUUAGUAAGGACAGCUAUUGGUACUUGAGUUUUUCAAGUGUACCACGGUUGUAGUGUUACCCAUAUUUGGCAGCGUUAUUCAUUGUUAACGUACACAACGAGAUUAUAACUGGUGAUUGGUUCGGGAAAUCCACAGAUUAUAAUGUAACCGAUAAAAAGAGCCGGCAAUAAAUGCCCUUAAAAUUCUCAUUUUGUAAGAUAUGUGCAGUGUUAUCUUAGUUAUCUGGCAGCCAUAAUUUCUUCUCUUUUAAAGGCGGAGACGCCGUGUAUCGUUCUCUUACCAAUUGUGUAGUUGAAUUCACGUAGUAAUGUCAGUUUCUAUUCACGUCAAGUUUGCAUAGAGUUACAAUAUUUGCAAUAUAAGAUUUUGUGCACGGUACUUGCGUUUUAUUCAUAGUUUUACUCCGUUACUAUUUGUUGCUUUCUUGUGCUUGCUUUUUUCUUGAAAGGCCCCGGUGCCACGCUGGACUCUGCUGCAUACACAUCGGCCAACCGUGUUUUCGUCAAAUUAAUUUGUGUGACUUUCCUCCUGAAAUGUUAGACUAGUUAUACGUAGUUAUACAAAAACCUGAAUGAUUUAUUUUUUUUAACAUUGAAAGUAUUGCACCAAGCGUUGUUUUUUUUUUUUUUAGGAGCCUGUGAUGACCCGAAUGUAGCAAUGACUAUGUAGUUUUGUUGUCAUCAUAUGCAGUAAUUGUAGAUACUUCAUAACGAACGCUGUUUGCCUAUUUAUAGCAGUUGUUCGUUGUUUUGUUUAGAGUGCAUAUUAAGCAGCCGUCUGAAUUUCUAGCUUAUUGCAGUAUUUGUUGAAGUGCUUCAAUGGAGUAGUGGGCGAGUGUUUAAAUAUCUUCACACAUCCAUGUGGUAAACGUGUCCUCAAGAGAUCUCCUGACAGCGCAUUCCCGGCGUUACAUUUUGUCAGAAACAACCGUGCGUAAAUAAUGGCUCUCCAAUAGGACAUCUGGUACUUUGUAAUGGAUAUUGGAGGAGAUUACUCCACCACCCCGCAAUAUCAAGAGAGGUUCUUUAGGUCUAAGAUCAAACAACUUUCAGGUAAGUUGUGACCUGUACAGUGGGAUGUGGUGGCCGGUACAAGGUUAUGAGCGUGUGGUGGCUAGUACAUGGAAUGGGGGAGGUGAUAUUCCGUACAUGGAUUGGGGAUGGGGUACCCAUAGACUUAACAGAUCGACUUAUGGUACAAGGAGGGUAAGUGUAGUGGUGAAUCCAAAAUGACUUGCAUCGUUAUUUUUCUUUAGCUCUAAAGGAAAUAUUAAUCUGUUGUUGUUUUUUUUCAAAAUGAAUUGAAUUUAUAAUAUUGAACUUUCGUGGUGUGCAUGUAAAUCGUAACCAGAGAAGGAGCCUGAUCUAAAUAAACCGUUGACUUGAUUUAAUAGCUUAAAGUGUCCGUUGGGAAGGUUGGGAAGCCUGUGCUCGAGCUUAUUAUUUACCACGCCGUGGGCAUACUUCAUAACGCCAUGUUUGUUCUGUGUAAGCACACCAAAACAGCCCCCCCAUUAAGCGGCCAUUUGUAACUGCUUGCCAGCAAACUGAAUUAAGUUAAAGGGGUUUGUGACCGUGUAAUAAAUGGUGUUAUCUACUGUGGUACCCUGAAAGUCGUCCACCGGGCCAUUCAGGGACACGAAACUCUAGAUAAAUUUACAGUCUGGUGUGUCCCAGUGUGUGCAUUUAAUUAGGACUAAAUAAUGACAGCAAGUUUAUACACAUGGAGUUUGAUAAGAGAAUACGACCUUUGUAGCCUUCCUUUAUAUAUUUUUAUAAUGCAUCCAUUUUCUCUACACUAAGUACUAUUAAUGUUUUAGACCGUGGUGGGGGGCGGGGCAGCAUUUAGCUUAUAUUCAUGGGUGGUGGUGAUUUAUGCUAUUGACAAUCCACUUACCGGCACUGGAAUAUCUGGUCAACUAAGAAAGAGGGCUGCCUAGCUAUGGCGCUGAAUUUUGUUGAAGCUUACCACAGCUUCAUAGGGAACUGCUUAGAUUGUUAUUGUUGUGAAAUGGUUUGCUCAUAUUCGCCAUCUCACUAUAAAAUCUGUAUCAGGUGAUAGGAGUUGUUAAUUCAGCUGUGUGUUGAUAGCUUUACCGUAACGCGUGUCACAUCGAGCCCCAUACUGCUGCAGAGAUAUCCGGUGUAUGAGUCAUAUGCCCUUGUCCCUAUAUAAUACAAUAAUAAUGUCAGCCUGGAAUAAUCCGGUGUCAAUACCCCCCCCCCCUUUUGUUUGGGGGGGUAUUGGAAACAUUGGUGGGGGUAGCCGUUUCCCAUCAAAAGAGUAUCUACGUCACCCAUCAGUGCGUCACUCGAUUGUGUACUUGUGUAUGAAUAUCACAACCCCUUCAAAUGGAUGGUGUCAUUUUAUAACUUGGGUUUUUGUACACACUUUCAAUUGGAUUAUUUGAUGUAAGAAUAACUAAUAAAUCAUAAUAGAUGCAAUACCUUUAUAUCUUCAUUAAAUAUGUAAUAUAUACAUACAAAUAGUUAAAACUGCUAUUGGGCGUUGAACCCAAUUCGUAUGGCCCCCCGUCUCUUUUGUGCUGCAGCCCAACACAUUUGCUUUGUAGUCCAUGAUCCAGUUAAUGACUUGAUGAAAAAAAAACAACACAUCUCCAGUACAACACAUUAUCUGGUGAGAUCAAGAGCAUAUCAGACACUGUUCUCGGGGUUAAGAGAAAAUCCAUUUUGCCUUCAUAAGCUAUAGAUCAACGUGUCAGGGUCGCUGUUAAUGUUUCAUUGGGUGUCCCGUGGGACUCGCACUGUUGGAGAGACGUUGUCUCGGGUGAUGUUGUAAUGCUAUUGGUUUGUGUAAGCAAACACUAGUAGUUUAGAUCCGAGAUAUUUGUAUCAGGUCGAAAUUGAUGUGCUUCUAGUUUUAAAGAAGUAUCCUAUUAAAUAAUGUUAUGUGUACACCUGGUGGUUGAGGGGAAUUCGUUAAAAAAAUCUAUUCAUCACUUAAUCUUAUAAUAUUAUUGUGCACCUGGGUCUUUUAAUUCCAUUUUGUAAACAAAUAACAAUAAAAAAAAAAAUUCAAAACGAAAAGGGAAGUUGAGUGCUGCCUCAGUGAAGUCUGAGUACUGCCACAUUAAAGUCUGAGUACUGCAUCAAUGAAGUAUGAGUACUGCCUCAGUGAAGUCUGAGUACUGCAUCAAUGAAGUAUGAGUACUGCCUCAGUGAAGUCUGAGUACUGCAUCAAAGGGCUUAAAGUUUUAUAUGAUGUAGCCCAUUAAGAGUACAUUGACAUGUCUCAGAAAUAUAUGAAUUUUAAUGACAAUAUUCCUUGAAAUACAAACAUAAUGCUACUACAAACAUUACUAAUUUGGUAGGUUUUGAAUACCGUAACGUUUUCAGUGGCUUUCAACCACAUGAAGGGCAAAAACUGAAGUUACAAUUGCUAUAUCGAGUAUAGACGGUGCCGACAGACACCACCAGGGACCUCCUGUACGCAGACGACCGUGCGCUGUAUCAGAAGCGGAUAUGCAACGCUGCGUCACAACUUUGCUAAUGCUUACACAAACUUCGGGCUCACCAUUAACACAAAAAAAAGACUGAGGUCCUAUACCAACCAGAUCCUCGAAGACCUUAUGUUGAGCCCAACAUCCAAGUAUACGGCGAAAGCCUUAAGGUGGACGUGGUGAAUGGCCUUUCUUAUCUCGGCAGCACACUGUCCCAAAGCGAAACCAUCGAGGACGAGGUUAACCCCCGUCAUGCGAGAGCCAGUGCAACAUAUGGAAAAUCGACUAAGAACGUACGGACCAGGAGAGGCAUCAGCACUCAAACUAAACUGAAAGUAUAAUCAUUGCAACUUGUGCCAAAAUUAAAGAAUUUAAUAAUUGUAAUAUUAAUAUGCCACCUGCAUAUCAGCGGGUUUUGAAUUUCCAUUUCUAAAAAUACGGAAAUGGGUGGAUUUUAACAUUAGUCUUGAAAACCCUUUAAAAUCAACACCUUGGGGCCCGAUGGAUUUGAAUAUAUCUCCACAAAUAACUCCUGAAUAUGAUGUCUGCAUGGCAACCAUAGUAAAAUCGUGUUCAGUCAAUUCUGAAAAAAAAAAUAUAUAUAUAUGGCACCUUUCAGCCUACAUGUUUCAGCUGUUGUGUCAAAUGAUUGAAGUGACAUAGGGACCAUUUUAUUCUGAAGUUCCCACUGACUGGGACCACUUAACUCUAUUCAAGUGAUAUUCAAUAUACUGUGAGACAACUGUAAUUUGCUUUUGAUUUAUUGCUAGUCAUAUUUCUUAGUGAAAAUUUACACGUCAAUUGCUGUUUGAUAUAUCAAAUUAUUUUAACGAUAAAAGUUAGGGGGGAAAAAUCCUUAUUGAUAAUUACGAGAAAGUUGCUAAUUUUAGCGGGGUGUGAGGCAGUACACGUCUAAAUGAAUUGCACUGUAUCUGCUACUUUGUCCAGGAACUAUGUAAAGAAAAGGGGAAAUUAAAGUGCAUUUGAAUGUCAUUAUCGUCUAUUCUUUUCACUCUAUGUUGUGAACCACCCUGAUGAACCGCCGGGUAAACCAACAUAUGAACUUGCUGAGGGCGUCGCGACACGACUUAAUCAGGUCACAACACAACUUAAUCAGGUCGUAGCGACCUGUCAAGCAGGCGUGACACACCCAUUUAGUUUUUGCUGACAAUCACCGAGUCUUCACGCGGCCCGCCAAGAUGUUUAAGUGACCUUCUUAAAUCAUAAUAAUGUGCACAUGAAACGAAUAAACGAUGCCCAAUCACAUAGAUCUCAUUUACUAUCAGUUGUAUUUUUUUUUUUUUUUAAAUUAUCUCGUUUAAACAGUUACAGUUAAAUUGGACGUGCUCAUUUAUUUAUCAUUUUACCAACUGGUGUUUGGAAGGAUGAGAAUUUGAUGUGAAUUUGAUACAUUUAAACCGUUAACUAACUCAGUAAUUGCUAAUACAUCAUAAUAACUAACUCAGUCAUUGCUAAUACAUUAUAAUGGUUGGACGUCGUUUGCAAGAUUAUCGAGCGUAGUGUUUACCUGUUGUUUUUUUACUAUGCUACUGGCGCCUCCUUACAAAUUAUUUUUACUAAAUCUCACAUUCAUCAUUCGGUAUUGACAGCACUUGGCUGUUACCAAAUUGCAUUAUUGAUGGUUUUCUCUGUGUUCCUCGUGUAGGAUGUGAACUAGUGUGUAGUUGAUGGAUGAGUGGGCUGGUUGAUUUAUCUAAUCAGCGGUCGGUAAAGCUCUUGUGAUAAGUCAGUUUUUAAGCUUGUGGCCAAAGUUUGAAGAAUAAUCACAAAGUGUACACCCCACUUUAGACACCAAUGUAUAACUUACUAGAUUUGUUUGCUUUCACGCGAACCUGUCACGUGAUACAGACGUUUUAAAAAAAAAAAAAAUUAAGUCGCUAGCGUUUCCAGGCGCAUCUUUUCAGUCAAUGUUUUUUUUGUUUACUAGGUUUCCCCAUGCCGUGUUGCAUUAUGAAGUUGAGGAGGUAAUGUGUAGCAAUGGGUAACGAUUUUGUGCCGGCACUUCGGCUUACGUGCCUCACUAACCCACGGGUUCUACUCUAUGGGGGAUUGGCACGGUGUCAAGCUUCCAUCCAGCCUAAUAUGUGACGCCAUGGUAGAAAGGUCACCCGCUCAACUCUCGUGUGGUUCGGGUCGUUAGUUGUAAAGCGGAUUACUUUUGGAUCCUCCCUAUAUUAUUUUGCCUAUGAUAUAAGCAAACUGCUGACUUUAUUCAUAACAUUAUCGCGGGAAAUACCGGUACCGGGCUAUGGGUGUAAAUCAUCGUUGACGUCGCUUUCUAUAAGGUUUAAAGCAAUCGUAUCUGGUUCUCAAAAUUAGAUAGGACACCUUCAUUUAAAAAAAAAAUUGUGGCGAUUUAAAAAAUCCAAGGGGGGUGGGGGAGAGAACUAGAUUAUGAAAAAAUAACAUACUACAUAUAUUUUAUUUUAAGUCUAAAUCAUUACUCACAUAUUUUUUAUGAAUUAUUACAAGCGUUUUCAACAUAUGAUAUUUAAACAGUUUAAACAGCUUUAUAAAGUAAUACUCUCAUAUGAACUCAGUAAAUGAUUUUCUUUUAACAUUGACCAGCUUACUCUUGUGUCCGAGAUGUGUUGGAUCUGAAUCCAAAGUAAGGCACUGCUAUAAAAACUGGCACUUGGAACAAAACAAACCGAAUGUUGUAGUAUAAAUCCGGCCUUUGUCAGUGUUUUCAUCCCUGGAAUUUCAUUUUUUGAUUACCUCUCAAAGUAGCCACUGUAUGGCCAAUAUGUUUUAAAAGUAUGAAUGCCUAUUUAAUUGUAGUUAAUGCUCCAGAACAUACUCUACUGACUGCAGUUCCUUAUGAGCAAGUAUCAAAACACCCCUUGCAGUAAUACCACUUAGAAUCAGUCAGCCAAGUGACUUAACCCUACAGUCUUUAGUCUGUCUUCUAUGCAAUUUACUGGUAGGUAAAGGCAAGGGAGGCCUUCCACUUAGAUACUUGAAAGGAGGCUUUAGAUUAGACAAGCCUUUCAAUGGCCUAGGGGCACAGUGGGAGAGAUGGCAAGGCUAAGGAAGGCAACUCUGAGAAAUGGGACAUAACUUGUUAAUGUAAAUAAGGAUGAUAUUUUAAAAUUUCUGUUGAUGCCAGUUCAAAUUUAUUUAAUAAACAACUAUUGGAAAUUAAAGAAUUGAAUCAUGCUUGAUUUAAUCUUCUAAAAAUAAUCCGACUAUACAUUAAUUUGUUACAUUUGAUUGAUAAUAUUUUACUCAAAUUCUCUGGAGUAGUGGGAAUGAACUUCUAAACAUUAUUGAAUUUAAUAUCAUUGUAAGAGUAAUAGUAGAAUAUGACUGCGUGCCAGAGAGAGGUGCAUGUUUAGCUGACUUAGCAAUAUUAUUAGAUUGUUUUAGAGCUAGAUUUUGUAUAUUAAAAAAAUGUGUAGAAUUUGGCUAACAGAUAGAAAGUGUGUAACCCCUACCACCAUAUCUAUUAUUAUUUUUCUUUCAUUUAAAAUUUAAAUACUGAACUUAAUAUUUUGGGGGGGGGGGGGGGCAGUGUAGUAUCACAAUUGAGCAAUUUUAAAAAAAAACUAUUUAGGAGUGAAGCCAUCCAGAUUUUUUUAACCCUGCACAUCUGCUUCAACAAUUGAGCUCUCUUUUAGGCUUCUCCUUUUCCCAUUUGUAUCAUUACUAAAUCCCUAGAGACUUCAUAAAUUGCUAUUAAAAAAAUAAAUUGAGUUGUAAACUAAACUAAGCUUUAAAAAAAACUUAAAUGACAUAAACUAAAUGACACUGAAAUUGAAUUUGUGAGUCAUGUUGAUAGUAAAAUGUGAAGCCGCUAUAGUUCAGGGUUAACAUAAUAAUUUUUUUUAUGUGAUGGAUGAUUUCAAGACAUGUGAAGAUGGGCUGAAUGGAAUUCAGCUGUUACAUCUUUUCAUGUCUUCACGUUGUGAUAUUCAAUAGAACUAUAGAACUCUAAGGGAGUUCUACUUAUUAAUCUAUUUAUUUUAUAAUCUCAUAUACCAAGAAAAUAUACCUUAUGGAACAGUCCACUCCAAGAUACAUAACAAGCAGUAUGUUACAAUGUUCCUUGCAAACUUUGAUUUGUUGGACAACACUUUUAAAUGGUGUUAUGUUACUUGGCUUAUUUCAUUUAUAUCGUAUGGCCUUUUUUAGGGUAAAAACAUUUUUUUUAAUUUUGCAGAUGAGCGUGAGCUUGUUCAGAAAAAAACCUUUCAAAAAUGGGUCAACUCACAUCUGAUUCGUGUCAAUCACAAAAUAGCAGAUUUGUAUGUGGAUCUGCGGGAUGGCAAAAUGCUCAUCAAGCUGCUGGAGGUUUUGUCAGGAGAAAGACUGGUAAGAAAGCAAACUAAAUAUACAUGACUGGUGGCUUCUUAAACAUACUCUUCUGUUGUAAAAAAUACAUGUGUGGGUAUCAUUUGUUUCUUAAUGAAAAACACUGAUAACUAUUAAGGACUUGAACUUGAAUGUGUAUUGUGAUUGCGUGUUGUCUGGAGAGUAUUUGGGUAGAUGUUGAUAUGAAAUGUUUGGUAUUUUGCGACGGAUUGUUUGUAAAGGGAAAUGACGUAUUGUUGUUUUAGAGUUUGUUGUGAUCGAGUAAUGGCAGUUGUCAAUGUAGUUUGGCUAAUAAAGAUACUUUAUAUUCUAUGAAGCAUUGGUUUGUGUAGUUAAUUUAAUAAAUCCUAGACAAAACGAAGAUAACAAACUUGGUAAGAACCGGUUCAUAACAAUACCCUGUCCUGUAGUCACUGUUUUGAUAUAACUUUAAAGUAUUUUUUCAAAGGCUAUUUAAAAAAAGCGUUGCUUAAAUUCAAAUUGAUUAAAUAACUUGUUUUCUUUAUUUUUCUAAAGCCUCGACCUACCAAGGGGAAAAUGAGAAUCCAUUGUUUGGAAAAUGUGGACAAAGCCCUGACAUUUCUACACGAGCAGAGAGUGCACCUGGAAAACAUGGGUGCCCAUGACAUUGUAGAUGGCAGCUCCCGUUUGACUCUGGGUCUCAUCUGGACCAUUAUUUUAAGAUUCCAAGUAAUUUAUUAAACAAAUUUGUGUCAAGUCCUUGUUAUAAAUAUUAAUGCUUUUUGACAAGUGAUUUUUAAACACAUGUUAAUGAUGAGUUAAUAUUAAUUUUAUGUAUUUAAGAGUUUAAUUUAUAAGUUCAGAUAAUUAUUUUAUAAAAGUAGAUAUUUUUAUUGCAAAUUAUAGUUUAUAGCUUGCAUUGAUGAGAUCUUGCUUACUACUUAUUCAUCACUUGAUACAAUGCAUUAUUGCCUUUAAAAGGUAAUUUAUUUCCUUGAAUUGAUUCUAGAUCCAAGACAUUACCAUAGAAGAAAUAGACAAUAAUGAGACCAAAUCAGCCAAGGAUGCAUUGCUUUUGUGGUGCCAAAUGAAGACUGCGGGAUACCCUAAUGUCAAUGUUCGGAACUUUACCACAAGUUGGCGAGACGGUCUUGCAUUCAAUGCCCUCAUUCACAAACACAGGUACAAACUACUUGACAAAGUUAACGUUUGUGAUCUGAAAAAUGUAAAUAAGCACUGUUGAUUAACUUGUAAUGGUUCAAACUGGUGUUAGUUCCCAUCAUGCACUAAAUUUUCAUUGUUUUAAUUUUUUUAAAUGAAUGUUUGACAAUCGGCAAAUGAACAAUGGAAAUUUGUUUAAUGUGGUUGCUUUAUUAGAAAUCCAACGACUCUAGUAAGUGUAAACAUUUAAACCUAUGCCUGAAACGUGGUUUGUAAACAUUAUGGGCUUGUAAGACUGGCUGUUGAUCAUUAAAUUGUUAUAGCCAACUGAAAGUUCACUUAAACUUUAUGUUAAAUUCAGUAAUUUAUCUGUAAAAUACUUUUCAUGUAUUGAUGAACAAAUUCCAACACCAGAAGAGCCCUCCUAGUUUUGAUUAAUUUUUUAAAAAGUAAUUAGCUUAAAUGGUUUAUAGAGCAUUUCGGAUGGCCAAAUCUUAUAGAAUGUUUAUUAACAUGGAGAUUUACAAGCAAAGUGUAGGAGGAGUAAAAAAAAAAACAUGGGGGAAAAAAAGAAUCAAUGAAAACAAAGGGCUUCCUCUCUGCAUAGUUUUUUAAAACUGUAAUUUGAGUAAUUUACUGGAAAUAUUGGUUGUUUUAAUAGUGGAUGGUACAUUUCUGUUAUUCUGGUCUCCGCCGGGGGCCGUCCUAACCCAAAGACACCCGGUCGGUCCGACACUGUUUGCACACCCAUCCCGGGGAAGCUUUAGAGCUAAAAGAGGGAUUCUAACGCUUCCCCGGGAUGGGUGGGGGAAGAAAUUAGGACAUAUAUUUUUCCAUCCCAACUUCUGAGAAAGUCGAUCGUGUGCACUCUGUGCCAAACUAAACAAUUUAAAUUUGUAAUAGCUACCAAUUCUUUCUCCUACAAAUUUACAUUCAUAAAUUAAAGCUUUAAAUGCAAUGUUGAAAAUUUCUGCGAUGCAAUUAAGGCAUUAUCACUUGCAUCGAGACACCUUUUUUUAAAUUUCAAAUCCAUCAAUCAGGGCCAUCUGCCCCCAAAAUUUAAAAUUGAGUUUUUUUCAAAAUUCAUUGGUAUGCGUCAGCAAAUUUUCUACUGUGACCUAAUUUGACUUAUCUUCUGUGAAUAUCCGCACUUUGUUAAAUGUAUUUUGUUUCUCUAAUAAAUUUGGUCUUGUAUGUCUCUAAAAUUUCAGUGUAAUAGGAUCAAAUGUUAUUGUAGCCUUAUUAAUGGCAUAGAACCCAAAACGACUAACUUAUGAAUUAACAAGUUAGGUUUAGGUGUAUGUUUAGGUUUUUAUUGAGGCAUCACAUUUAGCAAAAGGAAGAGAAGAAAACUUGAAUAAGUUUUAUUCAUUUUAUGGUGCAUGAUUUAAUAAAAAUUACUAACAGUUUUAAGUUUGUUAAUCAUACAACUUAAGAUAAAAUGUUGUAAUUUCUUCUCCAAAUAGACCCGACCUGAUUCAGUAUGACAAGCUUCAGAAAUCCAAUGCAAUGCACAAUCUGAACAAUGCUUUUACAGUGGCAGAGGACAAACUGGGGCUUACCAGUUUGCUUGAUCCAGAAGGUAAAGUAUUGUACAAGACCCCUUACCUCAAACAUAAAAAUUGGCUUUCAAGUUUGAAUAUUUCAAUCUCUUCCUUAUAUAGUAAAUUAUUGUUUUGCUUUGAAGUGAAUUUGCAUUUAAAAGUUUUAUUAUUUAAACUAGAUGUGAACGUGGAGUUUCCUGAUGAAAAGUCAAUCAUCACUUAUGUGGUCACAUACUACCAUUACUUCUCUAAGAUGAAGGCUGACUCUGUUCAAGGCAAACGUAUUGGAAAAGUAAGCUGAAAUUGUUUUAGAGAUAGUGCUAAGAGGGAGACGGUUCUUUCUUAAAAUUCAUAUAUUUCUUAGUUUCUCUUGUACUAUCCUGUGCCUCAGUUGAUUUCCCAGUUCUCUAACAUUUAUAUAUUUGUCGGUCGGCUUUUUAAAUUAAAAAAAACGAACGAUUUUUCAAAGAUAUAAAUCUGUUUUAUUUAUCAAAAGUAGUUUUAAAGUGCUUCCUUUGUAUCAAACAAUAAUUUUUUAAAUAUCUGUCAGGUCAUUGACAAUGCCGUUAACACAGAGAACAUGAUUGAGCAGUAUGAGAACAUGACCUCUGACCUCCUCGAGUGGAUUGAGCAGACCAUUGUUAUACUGAAUGACCGUCAGUUUGCAAACUCCCUUACUGGGGUACAGCAGCAGCUUGCAGCUUUCAGCACCUACCGAAUUGUAGAGAAACCACCUAAGUAUGCAAUGGAAUAUGUGUAUUUUAACCUUAAUUUAAUUAACAUACUGUGAGUUAAACAGUUUGUUUUUUUUUAAUGUGGAACUAAAGUAGAUAAAAAGACACUCCAAGCUUGCAAGACCAAAUAAUACCUUGAAAGUUUGGAACAUUUCAUAAAACAUGUCCAGCUCUUUAAAUGGCUUCCCUAAAGUUCUAAAAUGAAAAACUUCUCUUUCAGGUUUGAUGAGAAGGGCAACCUGGAAAUCCUGCUCUUCACAAUUCAGAGCAAGAUGCGUGCCAACAAUCAGCGACCAUACCUGCCCAAAGAGGGUAAACUUCUCUCAGAUAUCAACAAAGCCUGGGAGAGACUUGACAAAGCAGAACAUGAAAGAGAACUUUCUCUCAGAGAAGAACUGAUUAGGUUGGUUUUUUUUACACCUGAACUCUUUUUCAAUCUUAUUAACAAAUUGAAUUUGGUAGAGAUUUUUCUCUGUACUCCAAUAAGUUUUCAAGUUAUAUGAGAUUUAAAAAUUACUACUAUGUAUCUAGUUUUCAGAUUUUACUAUAUUUUUUUCCAUUUCUUUACAAACUUUAUAAAUUCAAGAAAACAAUUUUGUUUUCAGGCAAGAGAAACUGGAACAGCUGGCAGCUCGUUUUGGACGCAAGGCUGGUAUGCGUGAAGAAUGGCUGAGUGAGAACCAGCGCCUUGUAGCCCAAGACAACUUUGGAAAUGAUCUGGCUGCAGUGGAGGCCGCCACCAAGAAACAUGAAGCUAUUGAGACAGACAUCAAUGCCUACGAAGAAAGAGUUUCUGCUGUUGUGGCUGUUGCCAAUGAGCUGGAGCAGGAGAACUACCAUGACAUCGAUCGCAUCAAUGCCCGGUAAAUUUACAAUUUAACUGUAAAAUAACUCCUUAUUGGCUAAAUUAUUCAACUUGGAGCUAAAAAUUGAGGCAGGCAGCUUGAAAAACUUAACAUGAUAAUGGGCUAGGCGACUUAGAAUCAGAAAGUUUUCAAAAUAUUCUCUAUAGAUCUUCUUUUAAUGGCAUUCUAGACCUCUAUGAAAAUUAAGCAAAGCACUUUUUGCAUUCAUGUUAAAAUAAUUUUUGUUUUCAGAAAAGACAAUGUCUUGCGUCUCUGGAACUACCUGCUUGAACUUCUGCAAGCUAGACGAAUGCGUUUGGAGCUUACCCUCAGCCUGUACAAAGUCUUCAAGGAGAUGUUGUAUAUUCUUGACUGGAUGGAAGAAAUCAAGGUAAUUAAUUGAAUUCUUACUCUGCUAUAUUUAUAUUUGAACUGUUAACAUCCAAGUAAAGUGUACCCCUUCUAUCAAUCAAUUUUUGUAUUGAGAAUUGUAAUGGAACUUAAUUUAAAGUGUUUUCUGAAAAUUUUUAUGACCUUUUUCUUUAUAGGCCAGACUGAUGUCAGAAGAUUAUGGCAAGCAUCUUAUGGGUGUGGAAGACUUGUUGCAAAAACAUAGUCUUCUGGAAGCUGAUGUCAAUGUUGUUGGUGAGAGGGUUUCCACAGUCAACUCACAAGCUCAGAGAUUCAUUGAUGAUGACUUUUCGGAAAUAGGAGGUGAAUUAUUGACUUCUGUUAUUUAUUAAAAUCAUCUAUACUCUAUAAACAUUUUUUAAAAUUUAUUUUUGUGAUGCUAACACUAUUGUAGAAGCAAAAUUUCCUUUUUUUUAUUAUCAAUAUGACCUAAAUGUCUACAUCUUAUUUUCAUAUUAAGUGCAAGUUUAAAGAAAUUUGUAAGUACAAAUUUGUAAAUUUUUGUAUUAAAUUUUAAGGCUACCGGCCUUGCAACCCAGAUAUGAUCAAGGAGAGGAUGACCAUGCUCGAUAGUGCAUAUGAAGAGUUGCGCCAACUUGCUGCAGACCGCCGCCGUCGCCUUGAGGAAUCUCGCAAACUAUGGCAGUUCUACUGGGACAUGGCUGAUGAGGAAGGCUGGAUUAGGGAGAAGGAACAGCUGAUGUCAUCUCCAGACCUUGGGCAUGAUUUGACAAGUGUCAAUCUGUUGCUGAACAAGCACAAGGUAAUGUUGAUACAUUUAAAUAUAUAAAAUAUUAGUAUUAAAAUUUUCAACCCGUAAAGCUACAAAUAUGUUUAUAUAUUUGUUAUUCUCCAAAAUUUCUUCCUUAUUAUUAUUUUUUUUGUCACUAAUUGUAGGCCAUGGAAGAUGAGAUGACUCAUCGCCACACUCAUCUGCAAGAGGUCCAGGCUUCCAGCAAUGAACUCAUUGAAGCUGGCAACUUUGGUGCUGACCAGAUUGAACAAAGAAACAAUGAAAUUUCGUCACAAUGGGAGAGCCUUAUUGACCUUGCAACUUACCGGAAAAAGAGGCUCAAUGAAGCUGUUGACUUUUACCAAGUGAGUAAAACUAACAUUGCUCUAGAAUCAACAAAGUUGUGCUGUAAAUACUUAUAAUCUUAAACACCUUCUCUUUGCAUCACGUCUUCUGUUGUUGUAUAAAAACUUUCUUCCGCCUUAUAUUAUUAACUUUAAUUUAUACUUAAAGUUUGUAAAUUGUUAAAAUUGUUUACUUCAGUUUUUCGCUGAUGCUGAUGAUGUGGAUACCUGGCUUAUGGACACCCUUCGUAUUGUGUCAAGCGAAGAUGUUGGCAAAGAUGAAGCCAGUGUACAAUCAUUGCUUAAGAAACACAAGGUAAAUGAUGUUCAAGUGUUAUACAUUAAUUGCCUCAAGUUUAAUGAACAUUCCAUUAUAAAUUAAUCAAAUAUUCCAUUUUAAAUAUGAAUAACUUUAAUUACAAGUCAUUGGUGACUUUGUAGUGAAAUUUUCUUGCGAUUCAAUUAAGAUAUCUUCGACAUAAAAAAUUUUUUAAAUCAAACAUUCAAAACUUUACUUCAACUCUCAUUUUGUAUUAAUUUUUGAACAGGAAGUAACAGAAGAACUCAAGAGUUACCAAAGUGUUAUUGAAGGUCUUCACGAACAAGCUGCCAGUCUUGGAGAACAGGUGACUAACACAACUUUUCUCUGUUUUUUUAUUAUUGAACAGUUAAUUAUUGAGUUAUUGCUCAUCCUUAAAUGAAUGAUUGCUUUUUUUUAUUUUUAUUUUUUAUUUUUUUUUUAUAUAUAUCUUUUUAUCAGCCGACAAUCCCUCUACUUUUGUCUAUUAAUUUUAUAUAGAGAGGAAUUAAAUAAGCUCUAUAGCUUGCAUAAAAUUAUUUCAUCCAUAUUUGAUCUUCAACUCCUUCUUAAUUUAACAGGACCGUGAGUCACCCGAUGUACAAACCCGACUUAGUUCCAUUGACAGACGUUACCAAGAACUUCUGGAGUUUUCCAAACUGCGCAAACAACGACUCAUUGAUGCACUUUCGCUUUAUAAACUUUUCAAUGAGUCAGAUGGUGUGGAGACAUGGAUUGAUGAAAAGGUUUGUUUUAACCAUUUUGACUAAAUUUUUAUACAAUGCAAUAAAAGUCACCUCAGACUGUGCUGUUUUAAUAAAAUAUAUUUACUGCUGUCACAACACUAAACAAUACUUAUAUAUUAUCAUUUACAGGAGAAAUUCCUUACUACUAUCAUUGUGACUGAUGAUGUUGAAGAGCUGGCUAUCAUGAAGCAUCGUUUCGAUAGUUUCGAACAUGAGAUGAAUGCUACAGCAUCCAAGGUUGCUGUGGUGAACCAGCUAGCUCGUCAGCUCAUGCAAGCUGAGCACCCGAACGCUGCAGAAGUUGUGGAACGUCAGAACCAACUUAAUUCCACGUGAGGAUGCAUCUCUAGUUGAUUUUUUACUUUUAAAUUAUUAGUUAAUCAAACGUUGUUUUUUUCUUUAACACUUAGAAGAACCAUUUUAAUUAGAGUCUUGCUAAGUUCCUACAAAUGUUCUGUUUAUAUAGAUGGAAUAAUCUCCGUGAAAUGGUGGAUCAGAAGAGAGAUGACAUUAAUGUGGCUCAUGACUUCCAGAAUUUCAACAUUGAGUGCAAUGAAACCAUCGUAAGUUGCGAACAAGAAUUAAAGCUUUUUAACUUUUUUUUACUUCUUGAAUUUCUUGAAUAUUUCAUUUGGGAAUAGGCACACAAAAUAUAUGGACAAGUUUAAGUAUUUUUCUCUUGUUAAAACAGAAUGUUGUACUAAUUUGGGAGUGCAAGGGUAAUCAGGUCUGCUGUUAUUUGAAUUUCUGCAUUCAAGCUGUCACCGUUAGGUUGAUUGAUUUUAUUAUUUUUUUCCUAAUACAGAGUUGGAUUCAUGAGAAGGCUAAGUUGAUUGAGUCCACAGAUGAAUUGGGCAAUGACCUUAGUGGUGUAAUGACACUCCAGAGAAGAUUGAGCACAAUGGAAAGAGAUUUAGCAGCAAUUCAGGCCAAGGUGAAUCAAUCAAUUUUUGAUUAAUUAAGUUUGAAAUUUUAAAAUGUAUUUUAAAAGAUGCCAAGCAAAAUUUUAAAAAUACUUUAGGAAAUUAUUGCUUUUUGGGAGUAUACUUUUCAUCUCCAGCUAAAAACUUGUGUUUGUGUUUAUUUAAAUAGCUCGAGUCGCUACAGAAUGAGGCUGAAAAACUAGAAGAGCAGAAACCAGAAGAAGCUCAAGCCAUUAGAGAAAAGAUUGCAGAGAUCAACAAUGUCUGGAUGGACCUCAAGGAUAUGGUAAUCUUAUUUAAGCAUUAUCAUAUUCUCGGAUUUAAAAUCUAAUUAACAAUCAGGAACAUUUUAAAAAAAAGUUCAAUUAAAAUUGAGUCUAUCCAAAAUUUGGAAGAUGGUUUUUGGAAUCAGUAGUAUACAACAGCGUUCCAAAACUUUAAAGUUUGGCUGCCUUUCGGACAAGUUUUAAAAUUGCACUAGGGCCGAUGACAGAUUUAUUAAUUAAAUUUCUUUUUCAUUUGAACAUAAAUUCAUGUUGUACUAUCAUUUGCGAUAGGCUGGUAUACACCAUAAAAUUAUUAUCGUUUAAAUCAAUUGAUUUAAUAUCCCAUAUGGAAAUAAAAUGCUACCCAAAUCGAUCUAAAACAAUUUCUAAAAUUAUAAUGGACUUUUAAUUAAGCAAACUAUAUUUAAAUUUUGGGGGACAUGAAACUUUAGAAAAUCUUUUUUUAAAUAGGCUACCCAAUUUAUUUCAUCUUUUUCAGCUCAAGGAGCGUGAUGAGAAACUUGGUGAGGCUGGAGAAUUGCAGCGUUUCCUUGGAAGUCUGGACCACUUCCAGUCCUGGCUGUCACGUACUCAGAUGACCGUAGCAUCUGAGGACAUCCCCAACUCACUGGCAGAUGCAGAGAAACUCCUUAGCCAGCAUCAACAACUCCGUGAUGAGAUUGACACCUAUGCCCCAGAGUAUGCCAAGAUUAAAGAGUUUGGAGAUAAAGUUACUGAAGGAGAGGAAGAUCCACAAUAUAUGUUCCUCAGACAGGUCAUUUGGAAAUUUAAAAAAAAAAAAUUGUUUUCAUUUUAGCUGGUUAACUGGGAAUUUUAAAGCUAAUGGAGUGUUUAGGAAAUUCAGGUGAUCCUAGAUUUCCUCUGUAUUCCAAUAUUGAUAAAACAUUUAGAAAUGUUAAAUUAUGAUACUUUUUUUUAAUUGUCAGUUUCAUCAUUAAUCAUUCUUGUCUAUUGUAGAGACUGCAAGCUCUUGAUGAUGGUUGGCAUGAGUUAUUACAGAUGUGGGAGAAUAGACAACAGCUACUAUCCCAGUCUCUCAGUUUACAAGUAUGUAUGGAGUUAAUAUCUACUGAAGCAACUGUAAAGAUUAUCAUAUUUCUAGUUUUAACAUCCUUUGAGGACAUUACUGGGAUUUUAAAAAAAAUUUUGAUUGAUUAAACUAAAAUUUACCCUUGCGAUUACAGUAUGGCAUAUACAUUGAAAAAACUUAAACAAUUACUUUUUUUUUUACCAACUUAUUUUUGUCGCUAUCUUCUUGUUCCUACAUAUGAGGGCCAUCCAAAUAUUACUUAAUGUAAAAUAAAUCUUCUUUUCAAUGCACGUAUGUGUAAAAUCACCUUAUCCAUCUAUCAAACAACCUUUAAAUAUUUUUUCUCACUGCAAAUGGUGUAAAUGGAUGGCCACAAAUGGUAAUUCUGUAUCUAGACAAUAAUAUGAGUCAGGCAAUUUUCAGUUUGUAACAUUCUAUUUCUAGAUGUUCCUGCGUGAUGCCAAGCAGGCUGAGGUCCUGCUCAACCAACAAGACAACUUCCUAUCCAAGGAAGAUGUGCCUGUAAGUCAUUUUAAAUAUUCACAUUUCAUUUCUUAAACCCAGAUAUUCAACAUCCUUCAUAUUUUUUAAAUGGAAAUUUAAAGGGUUGAAUUUUCAUUCUUUCACUGAACACAUUUGUCUUCACUGCACUUGAAAAGUAAGAAUAAUUAUUUAUUUUAAUUUUAAAUGAGAGGGAUUUGCUUAAAAGAAAAUCUUUUAAAUGGACUUCAUGGAUUUCCUAGAAACAAUUUUACUCCAAGAUUCUAGAGUUUUUUCAGAGUUUACUAAAGAAAUCUUGGCAUAUUGUACACGGUAGUUUAUAAUUUAAUCUUCAAUCAACAAGCUUUGGUUUCGCAGUACUAAAACUACUAAUGACCUGAUUGAUUGUUACCCUUCAAUGCUGGCGUUGUCUAUGUUUGAACUUGGUCAUUGUUCAUAGAUGUUCUAGUGCGGGCAAUAACACUUGCAUCAACUAAUUUUCUAGCUUAGACUUUAUAUCUAGGCACACCACACCAGCAUGUAGAAUGAGGUCAUGUGAACAUGUUUGUCAAAGUCAUUGUUUUGUGGUGCAUGGUUUAAUCAAAUUUAUCAAUGUCAGCUACCAUUAAUAUACAGGAGUAAACAGAAAAUAGAGAGAUAAAAUUGAGGUUUAGCCACAAUGAGCUGUGACUUGAACUGAGAGGCUAACUAGAUUUGAACAAUCUUUUCCCAAAAUCCAAGAUAGUGGGGUAGAUUUUUUAAAAAUCAAGGUUUAUAUUAUCUGCUUAAGUCAUGGCGACUGAUUUUUUAAAAAAAUUAUUAAAUUUGGAGUAUGCUAAUGUGCUCAAUACUUAUAUCAAAUACAUUUCUCAUAUGGAAAGUCUGUAAUGAAGUGAGUCAACUGCAUAAUGCUUCUGCAACCUUUAGCAGAAGUCCCAAUAGUUUUAAAGAAAUAUUUGUUAUAUUUCCAGGGAGCUAAUCGCAUGUUGCUCGCACAUUUGCAAGCUCUAAGUCCAUUAUCUGGUCCCCAAACUGACAAUAUGUGGACCAAAGUAACUCAUUUUAAAAAUUCCUGCAUUUAGCCAUAGCUCUAUAAUUAGAAUGCCUAUAUCAGCAGCUGAGUAGAUGCAGCCCUAAACAUAUUUAUGAAUAUAUCAUUUGAAGUACAUAGCAAGUUCACUGCACAUUUGUACCAUAUCCUAAAACAAGUUCUUAUUUUUUGUAAUCUGGAUCUGUUUAUAGAAAGCUCAAUUCUUGCACUCUUCAUAAAUUAUAUAGUUUACUAUUUUUUUCGUUAUAUAUUUAUACAAGUGUAUUUAAAAGAAAGAUAUUUUGCUAUUUAUGCAAAGUAUAAUUUUUAAUUUUGAUCCAAUUUUUAAUAUCCUGCAAUUCAUUAUGAAAUUAAAUAUGAUUUACUGGAUGACUUAUACCAAACUUUAUUUCAACCUCUGAAAAAUCCAUGAUAUUUUUCCCCACAAUAUUAUUGGGCACCAAACCCCUGGAUGGUUUGGAUUUUUAUUGGGCUUUUUUUCAAUAGCCUAAUGCACUUUUUCAUCAAAUCUUUAAAAUUUUUAGUUUUUUCUUUUAUUAAUUUUUCUCAAACCAUAUCUGUUUCAAAUUUUGAGCCAUCUUUAUAUCUUGUGGUCUACUUUGACAGAUUGCGCCGCUAGAUAAGCAGGUAACAUUAAAGCUGAUGUAUCUUAUAAUGAUUUCACUCAUAUUUAAUGAUUUGUUGCUUGUUGUGCCACGAUUAUCAAGCUACCUUAAGAAAAACUGUAGAUGAUUGUAGAUUCCUUGAAAAGAAUGUCUUUGAGCCUAUUUUUUUAUUUUAUUUGUUAAAUGCAUUUAUUUUUUGCCAUCUAAUGGAAGUUUAAAUUCCAUCUCUUGACCUUAUCUUUAAUGUAUAUAUAAUUGGUGAUUUUCAGAAACUAUAUGUUGGCAAACACUUCACACCAUAUUAUGAUACUGACCCAUCAGUUUUUAACAUUUUUGACUCAUCAUUUCAAUACAUUUGUUCCACACAGAUAUUGAUAUUAAUUUCUAAUUCAUACUUCACUAUGGCGGUACAACAGUUGUAAUCAUAAUAUAAUAAUGCACACAGUUUGAUGCACCGAUUUCUAAUUAAAUGAGAUAUUCAUAUUUCAAAAGAUGUGCAUAUAAGAACAUAAUUUAAGGUUGGGAUAGUUUGUGAAAUAGCUAGCACAUCAAAGGUUCUUAGAUCAAAUAGCAAUGCUAAACAUCAUAUCCCUUACUGAGUACACUGAGUUUAAACAUGUGCAAAGGUUUGAUGUAAAAUUAUUUGUAUAUUGUUGCUCCAAAAAGUUGGCUUAUUGUGACUGUUAAUAUAUUUAAUUUUGUUAAAGCUGUUGGGUAAUUUACAACUAAAUGACUAUGUUUUGAUAAGACUGGUUAAAAUAUAUAUAGAAACUCAUUUAUACACUAGCUCAAAGAUAAACCUAUUCAUAUAUAUUUACCAGCAUGUCAAAUUUUUAGUUCCUGCCCUAUAUAAUAACAGCGCAUAUUUGAUAUAACCCUUUUAUUUUAUGCAUGCAUGCAUGUUGUUUCACUUACCUCAAUCAGCACUUAUCUAUUUAAAAAGGUAUGCGGGAGGUAAUGGUACUUCUUCCUUACCCCACUAGAAAUGACAGAAUGUUAGUCUGUCAGAAAAGUCACCCUUACUGCUUAGAUUUACCAAAAACUGUGUCAGUGUUUUUUAAGUAAAGCUUGUUAGACACAGUGGAAUCCCACUAUAAUGUGAUUAUUUUAAGUGUGAAGAAUGGCUAAUUCUUUUCUUUUUCUUAAUAUUUUUUAAUCUUAUGUGGUUACUGAGCUAUGUGAUGUUGAAUUUAGACUAGUCUUAGUGAAUAUGUGACAGUUUUACAAGAAUAUACAAUUUUAAUCUUGGAAACAAUUUUCAUAUGAGAAUUAAUAUUCCAAAUUUUGGAAUCUAUACCAUGACCCCAUAAAAUCUGAAUUUAUUAUAGAAGGCUGUGUUAUACCAGUGCUCCACUGUAAACAGUAUUUCAUCAACAUUAUUUCAUAUCUAGAAAUGUUUAUCCCUAGUUGGGUGCACACAAUUUUAAAAUUGAAAGCUCAUAAUAAAUGUGUUAUUUUUGUUUAUAAUGCUUUAGAAUUGAUGUUGACCCCAUAAAUCUAGUCAUUACUUUUUUAUCUUUGACUUCUUGACAGUUUCAAUGGGAGAACAAUUAACAAUUAGUUCUCCUAUUUACAGUUCUCUCUAGAAUGGAUUGCUUGACUCCUCUACCUUUAAUUUGGUUUCAAAGAUUUCUAAUUCUUAUUACCAUUUCAGAAUCUUCAAACUAAUUCUUUUGUAUAAUUCAGCAGUUCCCAAACUGUUGUCUCUAUAUUAAAUUUUAAAGAUUAAAUUGACUCAAUAGGACAAUUAUUAAAUGGCAGCUACAGAGGAAUAACCAAGGUAAAACACAACUGCCGUGAAUAAUGACCAACAUAUUGAUGUUCAAGAAGUUAAUGUACCAGUUUGGACUGAUAGUCUUAUAGGCCUACUUGACUACCCAAUGGCUAAUGAAGCUUUCCUCCCCUUCAUCUUUGAUGAAAAUAAGUCUUUAUAGCUAUGCUUAACCACAAUAAAAUUAAAAAAUCAUUUAUGUGGAUGAAGCCCUGUUAUUUUGCUUAUUGAGCUGUUGGACUUGUAGCUUAAUUUUAAAAAAGAAAGAGUCUUAUGAAGAGUUCCUUGAUUUGCUGAAAAAGUUUGGGAACUGCUGGUAUAGAGUAAUAUAGAUACUAUUAAAUGGGCUUUAUAUAAAGCAAGCCUUCUGAUAUGUUUAAUAAAUAUGCUAGUGUCUUGAGAUCACUGUGACAAUAAAUUAUCACAAGUGCCAAAAUGGGAAGUAAUAUAAAAUAAGAUUCAACCACCAAUAGCAUAUAAAUGUAUUGUCAUUUACUAGAUGUAAAUCAUGAACAUAAAACAACUGAAAAUAAUACUAUUUUAAUAAAUGUUAUUUAACAUGAUUAUAUUCUGCAUGCAUGACAUUCCACAUGACAUCAAAUAUAAGUGAUGGUUUAUUUUAACCCAAGGCAUUAAAAAUACUGUUACCAAGUAUAUAUAUAUAUAUAUAAAUGGAUAUAUUUAAAAAUAUAAGAACUAAAUUGAGUACUAUAUUAACAUUUUUAAAACUGGUAGUUGCAGACACCUUUUGUACAUUAUUCUCUUGUAGUUUGUAGAUGGUGGAUAGCAAAUGUAAUGAAUAUGUUAGUAUUUUUUGGUUGGUUGAGACAUUACUAUUGGAAUUUUAAUUUUUCUAAGCAAGAUCAAUUCUUCUAUUUAGAAAUUGUACACAAUUAAUGGUGCAAUACUGUCUUAGUAACUGAACUGACUUUUUCAAUGAUUUAAUGUAUAAAUAAUUGCCCAUGGAAUAUAAUAUUUUUUUAUUGUUAUAUGGAUGAUCUAAAUUUGUAUGUGUAAUGUAUUUUAAUCUUCAUUUUUUUUAGACUUCUGUCCAAGCAGCAGAAAACCUCAUCAAACGUCAUGAAGCUUUUAUUACAACUAUGGAUGCCAAUGAUGAGAAGAUUAAUGCAGUCUUGCAAUUUGCCAACAGACUUAUUGAUGAGAACCACUAUGAUCGGGAAAAAAUUCAUAAAAAGGCAGAAGCAAUUAAUGAAAGGUUUGAAACAACAAUUUUUAUUUAGCAUCUGUUUAACGCACCCAAAAUUUUAUAAAUUAUUUAUGCCAUUUCAAAAACCUAUACUUUAUUCUACUUUGUAAACUUUUUAAUAUAUUUCUAAUACUUUUUUUAUUUAAAAAAAAAAAUGUCUUAAGGCAAAAAAACAAAUAGUAUUUACUUGAAAAAUUUAGUCCCAAAACCCUCUUAUGAGAAUGGAAUUUGAUAUUAGUUUUUAAACUCUUUUUGGUUAUUUAGAUUUAUUGUUGAAAUAAAAUUUGGAUAUUCAAGAAUCUUUUUUCCUUAAAACAGGAGAGAUCAGAACAGACAAAGAGCUGAUGAGCAGCUUGAACGACUCAAAGACCAACUUACCCUCCAGCAGUUCUUACAAGAAUGUGAUGAGGUGACUGAUUUUAUAGUCUUAAAUAGGAUAGCUAUCUAAGGAAUUAUACCUCUCUUGCACAUGAUAUCUACAAGUAGAUAUUGAAUUUUAUUUGGUAAAUACAAAGAUUUUAAAGAUUUCAAGUUUAAAACUAUUCUGUCCAUGUUUUUUUUAGCUUCGAGAUUGGCUACAAGAUAAGAUGGCUGCAGCUCAAGAUGAAACAUACAGAGAUGCUAAGAACCUUCACAGUAAAUAUGUUAGACAUCAGGCUUUUGAGUCUGAAAUAGCUGCUAAUAAGGACAGACUCAAUAGAGUUGUUGAGGUUAGUCACCAAGCUCAAAGUGUUGUUAAAAGUUGACAUUCAUUAUUUUGAAAAUAUUUAUCCAAUUUUCAUUUGAGCCAAAAGUGACAGAGUUUUUAUAAAACCUGAUUUAAAAUUAAGAUAAGAGAUAAGAUUCUUUAUUGAUCCAAAUAAAUGGACAAGUUUUUUUUAUUGCAUUGUACAUUUUCAUUUUCAGCACAUAAAUAAAUACAUAUUAAAGCCAUGACAAUUAUAACAAUUUAAAAGCAAGACAUCUAAAGCAUUUCUCAAAAAAAUGCUUAUUAUUAGAUGGGGUUUAAAAUUUAUUUUAAAUUGAAUGCUCUUGUUUUAAAGGCUUAGGAUGAUCAGACAUUGUUACUAUUUAAUUUGAAAAAAUCUGAUAUAACUUUACCAUAAUAGUAUUUAAUUUUUGUUUCUAGGAAGGAGAGGCCAUCAUGCAAGCUAAGCCAGAGACUCGUGAACAGAUAGAGCCCAUGAUUUCAGAUCUAUCUAACCAGUGGGAGGAUCUAGAGGUUACAACCAAGGAGAAGGGUGAGCGCCUGUUUGAUGCCAAUCGCUCAACUCUGUAUCAACAAAGCUGUGAUGAUGUUGAUGGUUGGGUUACAGCUCUCGAGUCCCAGAUUGUUACCUCUGAGGACUUUGGUAAAGAUCUAACAACUGUCAAUCUUCAAGUCCAGAAGCAACAUGUAAGCCAUGAAAGGAAACUCUCCCACUUAAACUCUUGUAUACUUUUCUAACUCAAGUUUACAAGUGCCUAAGUUAGUCUAUUAACUCUCACCUGUUGAAAUAGCUUUCAAUAAUUUUUUCAUUCUUAUGUCCUUUAUAUAUUUUUAACCAAAAUUUCAUUUACUUAAUGCACAGCAUUUAGAGAACCAAAUGAAGAUGAAAGAGCAACAAAUACAGGAGCUGGAAUCCCAGAGCGAACACUUGCGCAAACUAGAGCCAGACAAAGAGGAGGAGAUUGAGGCUAGAAGAGCUCUCGUGGCAGAAAGGUUAUUUAUUGAAUAUCAUUUUCUUCAUUUGAAGUGAAUUUUAAAUAAAUAUUAUUGAGCGUCAUUUUAAUGAAAAAAUUAUAUUUUAAGAAUUGUAUUACAUAUUUAUUUUCUUUGAAAGUGAUAAUUUUCUGUAAAAAAUGUUACGUUUAUUCCUGAUCAGAUUCUCUAAGAUUCAAGGGCCGCUAAUGAUGCGUCGUGCUAAUCUAGAGAAGGUUAAACGUAUCCAUCAAUUCAUGAGAGAUGUUGAAGAUGAGAAACUCUGGAUUCAGGAGAUGAUGCCUCGAGCAACCAACCAAGAUUAUGGCAAUAGUCUGUUGUCAGUACAGCUGUUAAUUAAAAAAAACCAUGUGAGUACCAGACUCUUCUCUUCUAAUUCAUGAACACUGUCUUGGUUUAUGGACUUGUUAUUUUUUUUAUAAUAAAGUUCUCUAGCUUUUCAGGGCAAACAUAUUUCUCAAGAAAGAAUAUCUAAAAUGUUGUCAUUAUUAUAAAUAAAGUUACUGCUUUUGUAAAGAGAAUGAAAUAGCAUUUUUACUUGGGUUUACACUUGGUCUGUAAGGAUCCUCAAGAUUUCACCCCGGUAAAACCAAAGUCUUUAAAUAAUAUACUUUAUAGAAUCGUGAUAAAGUUAGUUAAUAAAUAAUAUUUUGAUAUUGUUUUUCUAUUUUGACAGUCAUUGCAAGUAGAAAUUGACAACCAUGAGCCUCGCAUCAUGUCUGUGGUUCAAGUUGGCGCAGAGCUGAUUGAGUCAGGCCACUCUCAGUCUGAGGAGUUCAGAGCUUUAAUUGAAGACUUGUUAAGACGCUGGCAAGAGUUGAAAGAUGCAGUUGAUGCUCGCAACCAAAGACUCAAAUUAUCAGAGAUUGCCCAACAGGUAGCUGACAUAUAACAAAGCUAGUGCAAUUAAAGCCUGUUUUAAAGUUGUGUUCCUCCAAAGUUAAUAAAAGAACUGUAAUAUUUAAGAAAAACAAUUUUGAGGGCAAAGCUCUUGGUUUAACAGAAUGCUUUUAGCCAUUAUAGCUGUGAAUAGGCUAAUGAUAAAUGUGUGCUAAUUAAUCUAGUGGAGAUGACUACCCAGAAAGCAAGAAAAUUCUUUGAGCUCACAUAAUUUGAAAUAAGGAACUGUUAUUGCGACCGUCAUUUAUAAUAAUCGAAAGCGCUUUAUUUUUAGUAGCAUAUAAUUCACCAUAUAUUUAUAUUUCAAGUUGGAUCAAAGUUCAUUUAUUUUUUUUUAAUUAUCUAAAUGUAAUUCAUUUUUAAAAUCAACAGUACUACUUUGAUGCUUCUGAAGCAGAAGCCUGGAUGAGUGAACAGGAGCUGUAUAUGAUGGGUGAAGAGAGAGCUAAGGAUGAAAUUGGGGCUCAAAAUAUGAUGAAGAAACACCAGAUAUUAGAAAAUAAUGUGGAGGAUUAUGCUGAGGUGGUUCGACAGCUGGGAGAGAGAAGUAGGGAACUUAUGGAGGAAGAACAUCCCGAAAGGUUGGCUACUAAAAUAAAAUAUGAAAAAAUGUUAGAAAGACUGCAUUUUCUGAAUAACUUGUGGUCUCUUGUGUCAUUCAGCAAUGUAGUUAUAUAAUGCUCUGACCAUUAAUUUAUAUUUCAUCUGAUCUCCCCAAAAAAAAAUCAUUCAUAAAUAACAUCUGUUUGAUUUUCAGUGACCAAAUAGCCGUAAGACAGUCCCAGGUUGACAAGCUAUAUGCAGGCUUGAAAGACCUGGCAGGUGAGAGGAGAGGCAAGCUGGAGGAAGUAUUUAAACUUUACACGCUGCAUAGAGAGAUAGAUGAUUUGCUGGAAUGGAUUGCAGACAAAUCCAUUGUUGCAGGCUCCAAUGAACCUGGGCAAGACUAUGAACAUGUUUCAGUAAGUUUAUUGAAAUUUUAAAAGGGCAUAAGGAUACUACAUAAUUUAUGAAGCAUAGAAGUUUUAUACACUGAUAUUGUCUUUCAUUUAUUUUAACCCCAUUUCUUUUUUGAAAAUAAAUUUCAGCUUCUUAAAGAACGCUUCAAGGAGUUUGCCCGUGAUACUGAAAAUAUUGGUCAGGAGCGUGUUGCUUCAGCCAAUGAAAUCUGUGAUGCCCUUAUUGCAUCUGAACACUCAGAUGCAGCAACUAUUGCUGAAUGGAAGGAUAAUGUUAAUGAUGCCUGGGCCGAUCUCCUGGAGUUGAUAGACACCAGAACAGAGUUGUUGCAGACUUCUUGGGAACUUCACAAGUUUUUCUAUGAUUGUAAAGAUACACUUGAAAGAAUUGUGGUAAGUUAAUUUGUUGAAAAUUCACAUACACAUCUGGAAAUAAUACAUACAACAAAUUAAACUGACUUAAAUGGAGCUAGGUCUUUGUAUGGAUAUUUUUUUUUAAUAGCCAGUUUGCCAUGGAAGUUUUAUCUAGAUUGUGAUUUUACAUCUUUGAGGCGAUGUCAAUGCUUCCAACUUCAAGAAUUAAAUUUUCAACUGCAAUCUACGGAUUCUGUCUAAAUACCAUAGCUUUUAAAAGGCCAAAAAUGAGUUAGUAUGCUCUCUGAAACAGCGUCACUUUUAUGUGUUAAGUGAAACACAUUGAUUUAUAUUUUAAUGCAUAGGCUUCAAAGGGCUGUUUUUAUAAAAUAAAAAAUUAUUCACUUUAAAAAAUAAGUUUGUUACAACAUCCUUUUAAAUGAGUUUUAAUUUAAUGACAAAUUGCUGGUCAGGUUUCUGAAACUUAUUGCUAUAUCAAAAAUUAAAAUAAGGAUCAUUGCACCUCUGUUACUUACAACAUUAAAUUAGAAUCCACAAUAUAUUGUUUGAAAAAUAGGCUUUGGUUAAUUUUUAUUGAAAAAUAAGUUUUACACUAAAUGUCCCACAUAUGAAAAAACAAUAUUCUAUUAAAAAAAUUUUUUAAAUUGUAUUUGUCAGUUUGAUUUUAUUUUAUGUCACAACCUUACAGGAGAAACAGAACUACAUCCCUGAAGAACUUGGCCGUGAUGCUCAGAGUGUAGCUGCUUUACAGAGAAAGCAUGCCAACUUUGAACAUGAUUUAGUCACUCUUGGAACACAGGUUGGUAGUUAUUCAAUGGGGACAAAUUUAAAACCGAUUAAGCAGUUUGUUUCUAAAAACAAAAGUUUUUGUUUUUUUAAAAAUACUGAAACUAGAUUUUAAAAGCAUAAAAUAGUUUAAUUUAAAUGCAUCUUUUAUAGCCUGUCAUUGGAAUUCAAUUAUUUUGCCUCUAGGUGGAGGCCAUUCAAACAGAAUCUGUGAGACUUCAAGCAGGCUAUGCCGGAGAAAAUGCCCAGACAAUCAUUGAUCGUGAGAGAGAAGUACUGGAUGCUUGGAAGAAUUUGCACAUAUUGGUUGAGAGGAGGAGACUUACUCUAGCUGAUGCUUCAGAUUAUUACAGGUUCAUGCUUAUGGCAAAGGACUUGUUGUUGUGGAUUGAUGACAUCAGUCGACAGAUGAACACACAAGAAAAACCAAGGUAGUCUCACAACCUUUGAAUGUUUUCUAGAAUUGUUAUUGCAUUAAAGUUAUAUAUAUUUUUUAAAAUUUUAAAUAGCUCUAGGUGAGAAAAUUCAUAUUUAGAGUCUAAAGAAACAAUGGGGAUUAGAUUGUUUAAAGAAAUGUUAAAGAAAUUCGGAAUGUAAAAUUGUGAAUUUUAUAAUGAAAUUUUUUUCAAUAUUUUUAUAUUCCAGAGAUGUUUCUGGUGUGGAGCUGUUGAUGAACAACCACCAGAGUCUGAAGGCUGAAAUAGAUGCUAGAGAAGAAAAUUUUGCCAUAUGUAUAAACUUAGGUAGAGAUCUAUUAAACAGACAACAUUACAAACAAGAACAGGUCAGUGAGUGUUUGAAGUUCAUCUAAUUUUUGGUAACUGGCUAAGUAAUGGCCUCCCGGACAUCAUAGAGUAAAAGGUAUUAUUGCAUAUGCCUUUCCUGGGUGUGCCAUAAUGUGUUUUGUUGUUGAAUAAUCUGAUCAUCAUUAUGUUUGUCUACACAUUGAGAAGUAUUGUGAAAGAAAUGAACUUUUAUUUUGUCUUGUCUAUCUUUCAUUUAGGUGAGGGAAAAGCUGAUCCAGUUGACACUCCAGAGAUUAGACUUGACAGAUUUAUGGAAGGAAAGAUGGGAACAUUUACAACUUAGUAAGCUUUUUACAAACAAAAAUGUUGACAUUGUACUAAAAAAAACAAUUCUUGAAAUAAAAUUUUAGUCUUGGAUUUCAAAUGCAGUGAUGGUUUUGUGUAUAACAAUAUGUAAUUUAUAACAUAAAUAAAGUAAUUGCUUUUUUUCAAUUGCCUUUAAUAUAAAUUUAGAAUCAUAAUGUUUAUUAAAUGUUAACUAUUUCUUAUAUUUUACCAAUCUCUUAAGUCUUGGAAGUGUAUCAGUUUGCCAGAGAUGCAGCUGUGGCUGAAGCCUGGUUGAUUGCACAAGAGCCAUACCUGUCUAACCAGGACUUGGGUGUAUGUAAUUUUAUUUGAAGUAUAUUUAUAAAAUAUUUCUAUUUCAGUAAUCUUCUAACUCAAUAUUAAAAAUCAGUUUAGUGUAGUUCGGAUUAUGUUUCAGUAAAAUCUGAAGACGUUCAAACAAUAAACGACUUCCUUGAUAAAUUAAUAUUAUUGUAUGCUUGUUUAACAUAUGUAUUUAAUAUUUCUUCCUAUUCUUAAUGAAGGAUACACUGGAUGCUGUAGAAAAUCUUCUGAAGAAACAUGAAGCAUUUGAGAAAUCAGCUGCCACACAAGAGGAGAGAUUUGCUGCUUUAGAAAAACCAACAACUGUAAGAAUCUUAAUUUACUUUUAUAUAUUUAAUUUUAAUGUUAACUCAGCACUGGUCUAAUCUUUUAUUUGAAAAUAUUUGUCUUAACAAAUUAUCCACAUGAAACAUUUAUAUAUUUUUUGCUCUCACAUAGUUUGAAAUUAAAGACAGAGAAAAGAGACAAGCAGAAGAAUAUGGCAGAAGUCACCCUGAUGAGAUUGCACGUAGAAAGGAGGACAGAAGACGGCAUUACAUUCAAGAAUUCCUACCUCCCCCACCCCCACCUAAGUAGGUUUUUAAUUAAUUUAACUAAAUAUAAUUAUAUAUAUGAAAAUAACUUCUAAUAAUUUUUUUUAAUAUUAACUGUAGACAUUUUUAGUUUUUAUGGAUAUUAUAUCCACUUCUCUGGAGUUAUUACACUGUCUAAUUCAGACCAGAACCUGUUGUGGAACCAGAGAUCCCAGUCCAGGCAGUAGCAGUGAGCCACUCAGCCCCAGACAGCACAGAGGAACCAGCUGGCCAGCCCAGCACCAUUGAUGAGAGAUCAGAGUCUGAACAAGGUAAAACAUUGAUAUCUUCUUCACUAGGAUAUCACUUACUGCAUGUUGUUUUUUGCUAGACUCUCUCCAUACUCAAUGUGCUUGUGUCAUGUUGUCCGUAGAUCAACACCUCACAGCUCUUACAAUACUUGAAAUCAUUUAAAACUCUUUUAAUAUUUCAAGGUACCUUAUGAUAAUAAUUAAAUAUUAAAGUAAAAAAUAGAAGUGGAUUUUCUGAAUAAAAAGUAUAGUCCCUUUUUAUAAAAAGUAUAGUCCCUUUUUAUCUUAAGAAGUUUAGAUGAAUGCCUUUUGUCUUUGAUGAUUAGGUUCUUCUGUAGUUUUUGCUAAUUUUAAAAGCCUGAAAUAUGUCAUUUUUCUUUUAAAAUAAUAACUUCACAGGUUAAUUUGUAACUUUUCAAUUGUCUCUAAAAAUAUGUUUUUUCAAAAUCAGAAUAAUGGUCUACAACUCACGUUUCAGCUAUUUUGCAUGUUGAUAUUGUGAAAUAAUCUGUUUUAAAUGUUCCAGCCUUUUUUCUUUCUUUUUUUUUUUGUGCCAGCUUUAUAAAUGUGUCUUUCAUAGCCAUUGAGUCAUUUACUGAUCUGUUCUAGUAGAUGAGCAUGCUUGAGAGUGCUUUGUCAACUCUAAUGUAGUUUCCACAAUUAUUAUAGAAUAUUACACAAUCAGAUCAGAAGGGAAAUUUCCAUUUCUUAUAUUUAAUAGAUUUUUUUAUUAUUCUACAAGAUAAUUUUAAUGGAAUUUUCCCCUCUUACACUUUUUGUUUUAAGAUUUAAUUGUGCAUGUAUUACAAAUUUAUCAAAGCAUUGGAUUAAGUUUCUGAACAUCUUUACGUUUCAUUUUUAAGGUUAAUCUCAAACUUGAGGCUUCAAUGAGAUAAAGAAUUCAUUAAAUCUCCAAUAUAAGCAACAUUGUAAUUUUCAAAGGGAAGUUCAGAAACUUGUCCCCAAAUUAACUUAAUUCAUUAUUUUAACAUUGCAUGCUUAAUGUUGUUAAGAAACUUUGUGCAUGCCUUCAGAGCGUCAAGCUCAUCGAGAGCAGUUGGCGGAAGCUGAUGCUGGUGGUGGAGGUGACUCAGCUCACCGCCGCUCCCAUGCUCGUAUUGAAGCUGAGUCUCCUAGGGGCAUUGAGCAAAGAGCAUCUGCAGAUGUUUCAUCACCCAAGAAAGCACCGAGAGGAAGUAGGUUUGAGUAUAUUCAAAUUAACCUAGACUCGGAAAAGAUGUGGACUCAUUUUAAAAUAUCUUGUUAAAUUCAAUGACAGAAAAACAUUUAAUGCAGAAACAAAAAUCAAGUACAGCUUCCUUUAGAACCAUCAUUACAGAGAGUAACAAAUCUUAAAAUUCAUGAAAAAGGUUAAAGAAUACAUAUAUCUAAAAUAAAAUAAAAUUAUUUUAAUGAUUUACUGUGUCCUCUAAUGAAUUGUAUUUUUUACAUUAAGUUUAAUUGAAUUUUCAAAAUCUUUUUCACAUUCAAUUUUUAAAAAAGAAUUAUUCAUUCAUAAAUUUAAGGCAUAGAUAGGCACAAAUAUAGUUUUAGUCUGGCUGCGUUAAUCAGCAUCAUUAUUGCUUAGAUAUCAGUCUGCGUGAUUUAUUGAAAAUUCAUGUUAAUUUUAUGUAAGAUUAAUGAAUAGUUCGAUGACAGAAAUUGGAAAUCUUUGCUUGCAUGAAUGCCUGCCUGCUCAUGAUCACAACUAAUAGAUGUUUUUAACAAUCUUUUUCUUCAAAAUAAUUUUACUUUUAUAUUUAAAAACUUAUAUUUUUUCUUCCUAUUGUUGUUAUAAUUUCUAAAUACACAUGCGAAAAAAAUGAAUGUAUGGAAUCCUUGGAGAGGGCAGAGUUUAAUAACACAAUUUUAGGCAUCAAAUCAUUGCCAAUGACAGGUUUAUAUCGACCCAUAUAUUUUGAAUAGUUUUUUUUUGUAUAUACAUCUAGCCUAGCUUUGCUUUUUAACUUCAGUUUUACUAUUACUAACUUUUUAACACUUUACUUCAACUAUUUGAAAUUUGAUUUUAAAAAUUUCUAUAUAUUUUGCUCAAAAUAAAAUUUGAAAGGUGAUGUAAAUAUUGUCGUGUGCUUUUAGCAGUAUGAAAAUAACAUGAAAGAUGACUCUGUAUAUAAACCAAUUUACUUUCCUCUAAAUAGAAACAUGCCCUUACAGUCUUUUACAAGCUCUAAUAAUUUUGUGUUUACUUUUAUCUCUUGUUUAUUGUAAAUUUGGAAAGUUUUUUUUAGAGCAUAAUUUAUCAAAGAAGUAAUAUUCAAGUUUUAAAUUUUAUCAUACGACAAGCAGUUUGUCUUACCAGUUUUAGGACUUUGUGAUUAAUUUUUAACAAACUGUAUCUAUAAAGCUUAAUCUAGGAUUAAUGGACAAUGGAAAGAUAAUAGUUAUAAUGGUCCAUGCACACAUUUUCUUUGUCAUGUUCCACUUCUGACAGUCACCCUGAUAGACUGCUGAUUAUUUUGAUUAACAAUAUUGAAAGACUUUCAGUUUUUAUUUUUGAAAUAUUUUUAUAUUGCUUAUUUUUUAUUUUGUUAUCUUUAAUCAAUGUUAAAUAACAGAUUCUCUUCUAUUGGUUUUGCAAGUGUUAAAAAUCUGUUUUGACAUGAAUAUUUCAUUGUUUUGUUUAGUAUUCAUUAGCUUUGUACAGCUUUAGAAGUUCAGUUUUUUUGCUUUUUGUAGCUUUUGGAUUGUGACACGUAUACAUGCUUUAGCCCAAUUAUUCUUUCAUAUUUAGGCACACUUCCUUUAUUUGAUGUACUUAAAACAUGGUGCACUAAUUUUUGUUAUUUUGUUUUGGGAAUGAGCAGCAGAAAAAAAACCUGUGCUAUUAACUUUUUUAAAUACUGCUUUUAUUUUUUUAAUUAACACAUAUUUCAUGUGGAGGUUGCUUUGUUUUCUUAUCAAUUUCAUUUGUGGGGCCUUUGAGACAGGCAUUGCUUCAUCAUAUCAGCUUAUCUAACACUGGUGGAUGAACGUGGAUGGAUGAUGGCUUCAGAAAUCUAAAGAAAAGCUUAUCAUUGUACUAAAACAACUGACACAACCUUGAUAUCCGAUUAGGCGACAAGAAAGACAAAGGAAGCCUUAGUCCAGAGGUUAUUGAAGGGGGUGAACUCAAGAGAAAGCGCUCUCGCUCCCCUUUUGCCAAACUGUUUGGUAGCAAGAGAGAGGGAAAGAGUAAAAAAGCUGGUGCCUCCCCGCCAACAACCCCAGAACCACCUAUUCUCCAAAGAUCCAGGACGCUUGGUUGGUCUUGUUGCCUCUAUAUAACCUACAUAUGUUAUCAGCAAGUGUUCCUUUGUGGUAUUGGGAUAUUCUAGUCUGAUGAGAUUUGGUGACACCCCUGUUGACAGUAAUAUAGCAUACAAAAUGAUGCAUGAUACUAAUAAAAAUAAAUCCAUUGUCUGGCUUUGUAAUGGCACUGGCAUGAGGAAAUAUUUUUAAAUAUUGAUGAGUUAAUCAUUUUAAAAAUGCAUCAAAAUGAUUGGGUAAUAUUUAAAAAUGAAUUAUCUUAAUCUUAAAGAGCUAUUUUUACUUGCUGGGAUUUGUUAAUGUACCUAAUGAAAUAAUUAUAAAAAUUAUGUUUCUUUUAAAAUAUUAUUGUCCAUUUUUUUUCAAAUAUCCCUUUAAUUUAUUUCAUGUACAAGUUUGGUGCUGUGCUGUUUCUCCUUUGUUAUUAUAUGAAUAAUGCUAGUCAAGUCAAAUGUUGAAAAAACUUUUCAAAUAGAUGUAAAUCUACAUAUUUAUGUUUGGUAGCUAUGUAUUUUUAGAAAUGCUCUAUUUGUUGUUAGUGUUUAAAAUGCUCUAUUUAAUAUGCAAGGCAUUUUCUACUAGCUCACAUAAAUGUAUUUAUUUGUAUUUUUCCUUUUUAUUUUAUCUUAACAUGUAAAAUGUUUAAUUAUCAAGUCUUUUAUUUUUAAAAUUGCUUUAUGUUCAUUAGAAACUUCAGCUCCAUCAGAAUCUAUUCAUGAGGAAGGCCAUCUGUCAAGAAAACAUGAAUUAGACACAGGAGAAAAGAAAGCUAGCAACAGGUAUGAUUUGGAAUAUUUGACUAAAUUUUCCUUUAGACAUUGUAAGGUUUAUUUUUACCUUUUUUUUUUUUUAGAUUACACUGAUUAUGAGGUUUAGUUAUUUUUUUACUCAAAGCACAAAAAAAAUACGUAUAUAAACUUUUAAAAACUAAAAAGAAAAGAAAGCUAGCAACAGGUAUGAUUUGGAAUAUUUGACUAAAUUUUCCUUUAGACAUUGUAAGGUUUAUUUUUACCUUUUUUUUUUUUAGAUUACACUGAUUAUGAGGUUUAGUUAUUAUAUUACUCAAAGCACAAAAGAAAUACGUAUAUAGACUUGUAAAAACUAAAAUGCAUAAUUAUUAACAGAGAACAUUCUGCAAGUUAUCAGUUCUGGAAUUGUUUGAAUUUGUAUGUUUGUUGUGUGCAUUUAAUGAUAUUCAUCCAAGCCAUUGACAAUUUUAACUGCAUGAUUAACUUGUUACAUUUUACAAAUCAAUAUCUUAAACCAAAAAAAAAAAAAUUAUAUUUAAAAUUUAACUAUUCAUUUAUUUAAUUUUUUAUCACUAUUUUUUUUUUUAAAUCUUGCAUUUGCAGAUCUUGGGAUAAAUUGUUUGUUGUUCUACACGGAGCCUCUUUGUCUUGUUAUAAAGAUCAGAAACAUGCAAAGACAGUGAGUUGAAGUUCUUUAUUUUUUCAAUGAUGAGUUUCUUCUUUGUAUUAAACAAGCAAAGAUCCAACUAUUAGGUAUUUAGUUUUAGUGAAGAUAUUCAUAUAUUGUAUCAAACACUUAAUUGUCCUACUCCAUGAAUAUGUGGGUUUACUUUUAAAGUUCUGAUUAAAGAGAUUUGUUAUCAAAAUACUUGUAGCAAUGGGGUUAACUGUUCAUUUUUUUAUUUUUAUUAAAAAAGACAGUCAUGAUUGUGAGAUAUGCCAUUGUUUUUCUUGAUCUUAAAAAUAUAUAUUCUUAGUGAGUUUAAUGUGUUGAAUGUUUCUCCUCAGGAUCCCAACAACAGGGUUCACCAUGAGAAUGUCAUGGAUUUAGCUGGAGCUGUUUGCCAAGUGGCUUCAGACUAUGUUAAGAGACCAUUUGUUUUGAGACUCAAACUUGCAGAUGGUGCAGAGUACCUUUUCCAAGCUAAAGAUGAGGUAUGUAAACAUUAAAUAUGCUUUCUAAUACAAAUUUUGUUUGUGUAAGUGGAGAAUAUUUUACAAUAAGUUGUUUGGCAAUGGGCUAGUUUAUAAUAAUAAAAUAAUGUAACGGAAAACAAAUAUUGAAUAUUUUGUCACCAAAAAAAAUCAUAUAAAAACUUGGAGACAUUUGUAAGAAAAUUUAAAUCUUCACAUUUUAAUUUAAAGUAAAAAAUCAUAUAAAAACUUGGAGACAUUUGUAAGAAAAUUUAAAUCUUGACAUUUUAAUUUAAAGUUAAAAAAAUGAUAUGGCACCGAGACAUUUUGAACCAUUUUCCUCUGAAGCUUUCACUAAGGACUAAAUUUUUUAAAAACAUUCCAGUCUGAAAGAGAGCAUUGGAUCAGCCGUAUCAGUGCUGCCAGUGGAAGGGAGGGAGGUGCUGCCAGCUUACCAACUAGGUCACAGACUUUGCCAGCCACCCGCUCAGAGAAAGAAGAGCCCAAGAAACGUGGUUUCUUUACACUCAAGAAGAAGUAGUCUACGCUAUUCCGCUAGGCUUUACUCUAGAAUAAUUAUUAUAACAUUAAGGAUGCUGAUAAUAACAGUAGUUUUUCCCUGAUGUUCUACGGCGUAAGAGACAGUUUUACUCGUACAUUUUUAAAAAUAAACACUUUUAAUGGAUGUAGCUAUUCAUCAUCACCCAUGAGAGGAAGAGUAUUAGUGUCAAGUUUUUGUAGCAGAAUCUCAUGAAUCUUCCUAGUUUUCCCAGCUUCUGCUUAGCAUCACUGUUGUCAUUCAAUCAUGGCUUCAUGUAUAUCUGAGUUUGAUGAUGAAAUGUUGUACAAACCUUCUUUAUGCAUGCCUGUGUGGAAUGGGGAACUUUGAGGAAAAAUGUGGAAUAGUUUCAAAGAUUCUGUUCUCGCUUUUUUACAAAUAUUUUUUUCCAUUGAGUUAAUCACAUACAAUAAUUAAUGUGAAAAAAAAAAAAAAGAAAAGAAAAGAAAAAAUAGUUAAAAUAGCACUGUAAAUAAAGUGCACAGAGCCUGUUGUACAUUCUAAUCAAGCACAUCGUCAUGAAGGCAGUGUGUAUUGUUACAAGCACUGGGAGGAGUAGUGUAGUGGUAUGACUUCUUGAGAAUAGAAACCGUGAUUAGACUCAUCUUUCUAUUGUCCCAGAAGCAUGGUUUGAGUGUGGUCAGGGACUGACCAUCAGUCGGAUGUUCUCAUUAUGCAGAUGCCGCCACCACACUUACACUGGGACUGUUUCUAUUAUUUCAAAGACUUUUAUCACGUCGGCCAUUUUUUAAAAAUGGUCUACUUUUUUAUGGAAACCUGACAUGAUCUAUUAUUGGUAAAUGAAUGACUGUCAAUCGAUGGACGUGUCGUGUCCUAAGUAUAUUUGCUGUGCAUAUUAAUGAUUGAAGUUCUGUCAGUUUUCUUUUAUCAACUUCCCACUUGUUUGGUAUGGGGCAGUGGUCUAGUCAUGUGAUCAUGCCCUUCGUUGUUUACAAAUGUUGGUAGAGAGAGAGAGGGGCUGUGUAUUGUUUAAAUCAUUUCCAUGAAAAUUGUGUUGUGCUUGUGUUGAGGAUAGAUGUUUCAUCCCUUUACACAAAACAUUUUUUGUUUUUUUCAUUUAAUGAUUCUUUGUGACUAUGAAUAUUCUUGCCCUGUAGACUUUUCAUGAGGUAUGCUUCCCAUUAGCUCCCCACGUCCACUGUAUUUUGAGUUCUGAAUCACUGGAGGAUAACAUUCCCUGAAACAUGAGGAGAGAAAAUAAACAUCACAAAACGGCAGUUUUCUGUAACAGCGCAUUUCUUAUGGAAUAUUGCGUUUGAUGGGCAAUUAAGUAAUAUUUUCAACAACUCUGCAGUGGUGUAAGAAACAAGAGGACCAAUCAUUUCUAGAUCAUGUUUGCAUCACGUAAUCCACCUGCAGUCUUGACCAACAGACCUGACCAAAGAAACAAACCCAGUGGCAAGCUGACAUUAAACUCUGGGUAGAGUUCUGGAGAAGAUUCUUGCUAAUUUAAUUUAGGGGAAUGUAUUGAGGGUCUGUGUCAUGUUGAAAGCAGUGAUGGCUCUAUGCAAGACUUACACUAACAUUUUCACACAUUGUACAUGUCAUCCAAUGGUUUGAUCCUCCUCACGCUGUUCUCAUUGUGUGUUCAUUGGUCUCAAGGGAACUUUCCUUUUACCUAUACAGUCAGGCAUCCACACUUAGGUUAAUUUUUUUUAAGGUUUGUGAGAACUAGUGGUCAGUUUCAAAUCAUACCAUUUUUCUUUUUUUUUAAUUUAGAAUUUUUACGUAUGGCUAUAAUCACACGAUUAAGUGUUCAUUCUCCUGUAACAUUAAUCACCAAUUCAAGGAAAUGAAUGUCGAUGCAUUUUUUAAAAUAAUUUUUUUUAAUGACAUGAAAGAGGAAGUUCAUUUCAGUGAAUUAUUUUUUAUCCGUCUGUCCCUUUGUGAUUGUAAGCUUCAAGACAGCAAUUAAAAACUACAAUUUGAUGGACAUGAAAAUAUGUAUGAACAUGUGAAAUAAGUAUUUUUUUUGUGCUAGAUGUUAACUGUAUCGUAUAUAAUUCUUUCUUGAUGUUACGUGUACAUCUCCAAAGUUUUAUUACUUUGCCUCAUUUGAUUUUUAACUACAACUCUUUGGCUCUUGAAAUCAAAUUUUGUCCUAGUUGUUAUGUUAUAGGAAGUAUUUAACUCUUGUUAUAUAUAUAUAACAGUAUAUCUACCAUUGCAAAAGAUUUUUAUGAAAGUUUCUAUUAUUUUAUCUUUUGAAACUGAUGAGUUAAUAAAAAAAAAAUUAUGAGUUUUUAUUCAUUUUGUCAUCAGUAAUGUUGACUAAUUAAUACAAUUAGUAUCUGGUGGAUAAAAUCAAAGUAAGAAAAGCUCAUUUCAAACAGGCAACUGAGAAAACUUCAUAUUACAGAAAACAUUUUAGUCUGCACUAACAAGUUCCUUUGUUAUGUCAUGGAGAAUAAGCACUUGUAAAUAAUUCAUAACUUUUUUUUUUUUUUUGCUUUGUGUAUGUUUGUGGCUUUUAAAUAUUUUUUUUUAACCAAAAUAACUGGAACCAUUGUUAGAACUGUGUUCUUGUCAGUUUUUUUUAUAAAGUAGUUUAUUUUAACACUUCCUUUAGUUUGGACUUAGAUUAAGCCCAAUGUGACCACCAUCUUUCUGUUCUAAAUCAAUCCAUGCAGUGCAGUCUAGCACUCUACACUCUAGGCAGUCCUUUUUUUUUUAAAGAUUUUUAUUCAAAUGAACUUUCAACAAUAAAUAGUAAUAGUACAUUUUCUAACUCUGCACCUGAUAAGAUUCAUCACCAGUACUUAAAGUUUAAGCUCUGGAAUCUUAAAAUGUUGGAUUGUGUUUUUUCUAAUAGCUAUCUAUUUAAGAUGAUGAUUUGAAAAGGCAAGUCUAUGAUUAAACUGGGGGUGUUGAUUGGCUGACAAUUGUUCUCUCAUUUGAAGGAAAGCCUCUUUAUUGGACAGACCUGGAGAAUUUCUCAAUAACCAAGAUUUAUUCUUUCAACUUAUUUAUUUUAUAGUGCAACUUUUGUGCAAUCAUUCAAGAGAAAACAAUAGAAAAUGUACUGUUUUCAAAAAUUUCGUGGGGAAAAAUGUGACAUCACCAUUAUGUUGCUUUUAAUUUAGUUCCACUUCAUAAAAAUGGCUAACUUUUGUUGCCUUUUGGGAUUUUGAUUAGAGAGAAAGUUGCUGGUUUGCCUAGCAGUAGUGACUAGUCUCUCUUGAGCUGAUCUAUCUUCCCUCUUUCGUCUCCCAGUCUAUUUAUAUUGGGUGCACACAGGUUUUGUAUUUGCUUAAAUAAAAUGAAUAAAAGUGAUACAUAUUG